AUAACGAUAAGCAUGGAGCAGAGGCCACCGGGUGGAGACGGGCAGUACUCCUCGCUCGAUGAGCUGCAGCGACAGCUGAACGAAGAUUUCGCUCAAACGCUCGGACCGAUGACUUCACCUCAGCACAUGGCCACCGAAGCAACAUCAUCAGCAUCUGGAGCGAGUGCAACGAUCGCGACUACCAUCAGCACCAUCGUGCUCCAGGGUGGUCCACUGCAGCUGGUGGUGGCGAUUCUUAAGAGUGGAGAAAAAUUGUACAUAAAGGUUGCAGAUUUGCUGCCAAAGUUCACCUUUCUCGGCCCGAGUCUGGAUGAUGCACUAAAGCUUCAGAAUCAACAUGAUGAACUGUUACGACAGAUACAGAACAUGCCGACACCACUGGAAGAAUUUUAUCGAAAAAUACAGGAAAAGAUUGCAUCCAACGAAAGACCCAAUCCGACACUGAUUGAGGAGAUGGCUUCCUCGCUGAAUGCCGUCUGGCACGACAUAAAGCAGAUGCUGGCCGAACGCCGAGAGAUCGUCGUUCUUAACGUGGCCUUCUUUGAGCGAUUGGGCGAAGCGUACGGCAAAAUGUCCUCGCUAGAGGUGGCCUGCAACGACACGAUGAUCCCAAUCGAAAUCGACGCAGUGCGAGAGUUCCUAGAAUCGUUCCGCGAUUUGCGCGGUGACAUGCUCGGUGCGGUAGCGACAACACUUAAGGCAGGUCAGCAGAUGUUGGACAGAUUGCGAGUGUUGUCAGAGAUUGGAACACUCGAUUCCCGCCCGAAUCACAUCAAGCUGGAUGCUGUACAAGCGAUCGGUCAGGUGGAAUCGUGGCUAGAAGAUCUUUCUAAUCGGCGCAAUCAACUCGAACAGGCGUGGAUUUCACGCAAGACACAGCUAGAACAGUGUCUCACGCUAGCAAUUCUCGCGAAACAGCUAGACGAGAUCGAACAAUGUCUUGCGCGCGUACGCAGCCAAACGCUGAGUUCGUUUACGCUCGGCGAUUCGGCCGAGCAGGCAGACCAUCUGCUAGAAACAUACCAAAACCUCAAACCAGAAGCGGCAUUGCUUCGCGACAAGGCGCUCAAGAUAACAAAAACUACAGAGGAGCUGCUUACGAGCGGAUGUUUCGCUGGUGACGAAGCGUGCGCCAAAGCGUACUCCGUACUGAAUGCAUGUUCGGAGCAUCUGGAAGAGAUCGAUCAUCGGGAGUCUCUGCUGGGUCAGUCGCGUAAUUUCUUUACCCGUGCGAGUGCAAUUCUUAAGCGGCUGGAUCAGGUUGAGCUAGAAGUGGCCGAAGCAACCAUGCGACCCGCGUCAUCCAAUGACCUGCCGGCUCAUCAGAAACUGCUGCAGGAUAUUCGCGAGACGAUUGGGGAAGUGCUGCAAAUGGGAUACUCGCUGGUGGAUGAUGUUGGUCGUACUAAACCCGAGGUGGCCGGUGUACAGGCCAUGAUCGAACGCAUCGAGCAGAGGAAACUACACUUCGAACGUUAUUGCAAUGAGGAAAGCGAAAGAAACGUACGGACGGCACAGGCACUGAACGAGUUCUUGGAGCGUUAUGGACAACUGUUUGCGUGGCUGGAGGAAGCGCGUGAAGAGCGCAUUGUACGGGGCAGUGCGAUUCAUCGGAUGGGCGAGAAUUUGGGCGAAGCGAAGGACUGUCUUUUGCUUCAUCACCAGUUUCUGAAUGAUCUCGAGAUCAAAGGAAACGCUAUUAAUAACUUGCUCGUACGAUUGACGCCCAGCCUGGAGCAUCUUGCCGAUGGUCAGCGUGAUGACGUGCAACACAAGAUCGAUCUGCUUCGCCAGCAUUGGAUCGCGCUAAAGAACUGCGUCAUCGAGCGGGUUGACCUGCUGAAGCUGUACAUCCGCUUCCACCAGGAAGCGGAAACGUUGCGCAACCAGUUCGAUGCCCACGCCAUCCAGUUCGCCACGUUCAAGGACAACCCGGCGGAUCAUUCGCUCAUCCUGGCCGCGAUCGCGAACAUCCGCCAGACGCUGGAAAGCCUACGCCCGCUAGGCGCACAGUGUCUCGAUCAGUUGCAGCAGAUCGGGGACGCAUACUUGCAGAAAACUCGCGCAGCGCAGUGCGUCGAGCGGACACUCGCCGAAUUUGCCGACCGUCAGUCGGCCGUCAGUAAUGAGUGGGAAAGCUGGAACAGUCGACGACGCACGGAGACAACAUUGAAGGAAAUCAUGGCUGCCAACAUGGAGACAUUGGCUGUGGCAUCCAAGCUGGAGGAGCAGCUGUAUCCAAUCUUUAGUACCGCGCUCGAUAACCCGUCCGAUCUGAUCGAGUUCAUCGGUCGCAAGCGGGCUCAGCUGCAGCAGGAUGUCCGUAUUGCUGAGGCCGAUUUGACGCAGCGCUUUGACACAAUCGCCCAGCUGGAGCUGGCCGGUGCUGAUGCCGGUACCGAGCAGGACAUUGUGUCAGUGAAGAACAAUCUUAACUCUAUCAAGACAAAGCUUUUCUCACUUGAGGCCGAUUUUGGUGAGCUGUCCGAUGCGACCGAACAUUUUCUACGGUCGAUUAUGCAGUGCCGGGAUAGUAUCCGGGAGUACUUCGGUACAAAGCACACGGUAACCGAUCCGGGCAGUGUGGAAGCGAUAGCAGAGGGCUACGAACAGUUUAAGCAGGCGACGAUGGAAUAUUUCCGCGGGUUGCUGCAACAGAGUGAACAGAUCAUUGAGCGUGUGAAAGCGUUGGAGCCACCGGGUGCACGCGAGCUCGAUACGGACAAGAUCAUUACGCUGCUGGAGAACUUGCGCACGUACUUUGAGUCGCAAACGGAGUCGGAAAAUUGUGAGCUGAAGAAGCAGCACAGUGUGUUGUCGUUUGAUCGUGAGUUAGGUGAAGUGCGUGCCGCGAUCCGGGCGCAGUGCGAUCGGUUGGAGCGUGGACGUGGCCAGUAUGGUGAAAGUUUGGCUGAUGCUCAGCGAUCCAGGAUUGCUUUUGAGGAACAGGCAACGGCUUUGCAGGAUCUUGAGCAACGAAUCAAUGCAUUUAUCAACUCAGGCACGGAAUUGGUACGCCAAUAUCCUGAGACAAGCCCCUACAUCGAAUCGGAAACGCACAAAAUACGCAACGAAUGGACUGAUCUACUUCGAAAGCUCGAGGAUCAUCGUCAACUGUAUAGUAUCGCGAUCGAGUAUUUCGAGAUUAUUACCACGAUUGAGGACCACUAUCGCACACUGAACGCGGAACUCAUCAAUGCUAACAACAAGCUCACUAUACUGAACAACGUGGACGUGGCUAACGAUCUAGUUGCACAGGUGGACAACACGAUUCGUACCCAUGAGACACGCCAGCUAGAUGCGUUGAAGAAAAUCGCUGACCUAUCGAUCCAGUUAUACGGAUCCGACAAGACCGUCACGUUGUAUACGGAAAAUACGAAGCUGUUCCAAACGUUCUACAAGAUCAAAACGGAAGUGUACGAGCGUUCGAAGGAACUGGCAGAGCAGCAGGCACGGCGCGAAGAGCAACAGCGUCAGGAGCAGUUGCAACGCGAGCUAGAACAGCAACGUUUGGACCAGCUGCAGCGCGAACAGGAACAGUUGCAAAAGGAGCAGGAACAGGAACAACGACGUUUGGAGCAGUUGCAGAGAGAACAAGAGCAAGAGCAGCUACGCUUGGAGCAGUUGCAGAGGGAACAAGAGCAGGAGCAGGAACGGCUUGCACAGCUUCAAAGGGAGCAGGAACAGGAGCAACAACGUUUGGAGCAGCUCAAGAGAGAACAAGAGGAUGAGCAACAGCGACUUGAGUUUUUGAAGCGAGAGCAGGAACAGGAACAGCAACGUCUGGAGCGGUUGAAGCGCGAGCAAGAGCAAGAGCAGCAACGUCUGGAGCAGUUGAGACGCGAACAGGAGCAGGAGCAGCUACGAAUGGAGCAGCUCCAGCGAGAAAAGGAACUGGCGCUGCAAAAGGAGCGAGAAGCAACGGUAGUGGAGGAUGUGAAAAUUACCACCACAACUUCGCAUACCGGGCUGCCACACCAGCAACAGUCUUUCGAUGUGCAAACGAUCGACGAAGAACAGUAUCUCCAGGAGCCACAAGUUCCACUGGUCAUACAAACCGUUGAGGAGCAGGUGCACGAACAAAUUCAUGAAGUCAUAACCACAUCGACACUGUCCAGAAGCGAGCCACAAGCGAGCUUACGUGUGAUUCAACCUCUGGCUGACGUUAGCGUACAGGAAGGUCAACGCGUACGUUUGCAAUGUGUAGUAGCGGGUGUUCCCGAUCCAACGAUCGAGUGGUACAAGAACGGCAUCAGCGUACAGGGUAAUCCGGACUAUAGGACCAGCUUCGAUCCAGCUAGUGGUGUGUGUACGCUGAUGAUUGACGAAACCGUCACUGCGGAUAGUGCUGACAUACUAUGCCGUGCUGCAAAUGAAGCCGGAAUCGCUGACACUACCGCACGUCUACUCGUAACGGAAGCUCCUCCACCACCACCAAAGCCCGCCGGUACGGCCCCCGCGUUCACGAUGCGACUGCUUGAUGGCGGUGUUGCACAGGAGGGACAACCGUUCCAAUACGAUUGUGUUGUUGGUGGUCAACCCACGCCGACCGUGCACUGGUACAAGGGUGAUCAGUGCAUUGAUGGUUCACCCGACUAUCGUCAGACGUACGAUCCGGCUUCGGGUGUGGCGUCCUUGCGUAUCGAGCAGGUCUACCUCGAGGAUCAAACGCACUACACCUGCCGGGCGGUGAACGAUUGCGGAUCGGAUGAAACGAGUGCGUUCCUCACGGUCAAGCCGCUGGAACCGACCGAAUUUCCUGACUUCCCGGAACCGUUGUCCAAUGUGAUGGCGCGUGUGGGACAGAAGAUACGGCUCGAAGCUAAAGUCAGUGGUACACCGCAACCGGAGCUUAUGUGGACGCACGAUGGCAAACACUUCACCAACCGUGAGGUUAAAUUCUUCUACGAAAACGGCCGAGCGCAAUUGGUCAUAGACGAGGCAUUCCUGAAGGAUGCUGGUGUCUACACGCUGACCGCCAAGAAUAUCGCCGGUGAAAAGUGCUGCUCGUGUAAUGUGGUGGUGAAGGGUCGGCUACCGAACGAAACCAGCGACUCGGAACUAGCAAGCGAUAUGGAGCCAGUGAAGCCCGCCGUACAGCUACCGUUGCGGGAUGUGUCAGUGUUCGAAGGGAAACCGGUCCGGCUGGACUGCGUGAUUGUGGGCCAACCGGAGCCGGAAGUGAUCUGGUAUCACGGUGAGCGACCGGUCAAAGAGUCGAACGACUUUCAGCUACUGUUCCAGGGCGACCGUUGCUCGCUGGUGAUCCGCGAGGCCUUCCUCGAGGACGCGGGCGUGUACCGGGUGGUCGCUAUUAAUAGCGCGGGUGAGGCGUCGAGCCAAAGCUCGGUUUUGGUUACGCCGCUGAACACGGCCGAACCGGCAGUACGUCAGCCGGCCGAGCGGGUGUUACCGGUUGUCGGUGCUCCGCCGCGCUUUGAGCGGCUGCUCAGCGACAUCCUCGCGGACGAAGGUGAACGGGUGCAAUUUGAGUGUGCGGUUAGUGGAGAUCCGCGCCCGUCUAUCCGGUGGUUCGUGAACAACCGCGAGAUCCCGACUGAUGUGACCGUGUCACCGCGCGUACACUGUGUGGUGCGAGACGAUGGUGUAGUGAAGCUGAUCAUCGAACGGGUACUACCGGACGAUAAGGGCGUGUACACGGUGAAGGCCGCAAACGUGUCCGGUGAGGCAAAGUGUUUCUCCAACCUGAUUGUGAAGACGAUCAAUGCACCCGAAUUUGAGGCGGUGAGCACGCCCGCCUUCCUUACCGAGAGUCAGGUAUGUCCGACGUUCCGGGAGCUGUUUGCCGAUCGUGUCGUGCGACAGCACGAACCGACCAAGUUCGAGUGCAUUGUGAUUGGUAAACCGCAGCCAAAGAUUCGCUGGUUCUUCAAUGAUCAGCCAGUGCAGGGACACGAUUUUCUUGUGUCGACCAGUGGCGACCGACAGGUGCUCACCAUCCCCGAGGUACGCCCGGAGCUGACUGGUAAGAUCACCUGUUACGCGGAGAACGAAGCAGGCAAUGCCCAGUGUGUUGCGAUCGUGCAACUUCUCGAGCAGCUUGGUUCAUACGGUCCAAAUCCAAUGCCGGUGCCCGUUCUGCCGCUGGUCGAAUCGAUGCAGCAGAUCGACACGACCGGUUCGUCUUGUGUGACACUUCAGAAGCAUGUGACGACCAGCUCGUCCUCUUCCUACUCGGCUUCUUCGAUGGCCACCGUACAACAGAACGGUGUGGCUCACACACACUCGGAGGUGCAUGCCGAAUCGGCGAAACUGGACCGUUCGUUCCACCAGGAAGGUAACCAGGCACCACAAGUUGCCGAAGCGUCGGAACACCAGCGCUACGAUAAGGUGAACGACCAACCACCGACCGUACAGCACGAGGCGUCCUCGUACGUGGGUGUCGCUCCAAACCUCGAAACGAUCAUUGCAAACUCUGGCCAAAUCAGCACGGGCAAGCCGGCGAGACGCAACAUGGCGCCAAGAUUUGUGACGCCGUUCAAUGGCAAGAUCGUCGAUCAGGGUGCUGACGUCGUCAUUGAGGGUAUUGUCGAUGGAUACCCGACGCCCGAAGUGCACGUCACGAAGAACGAUGUCGAACUGCAGCCGGAUGGCGAACGAAUCCAGGUGUCCUAUUCGCUGAACAAGAUCGUCGUCGAACUUCGGAAUGUGUCGCCGCUCGAUGCGGGCCGCUAUACGGCCACUGCUUCGAAUGCGGCUGGAGCUUCUACUACUACGGCGGAUCUCGUAGUUAAAAAAUCCAUCUUUCCGCCAGUGUUUGGCAGACGUCUGCAGGCCCAAACUGCCCGCAACGGAGAUCGGGUCGUGCUCGACGUCGAAGUGUCCGGUACACCCGAGCCAACAGUCACGUGGUUUAAGGAUGGCCGCCCAGUGCAGGAAACGCUCGCCCCAGGCAGCUAUGCACUGCAGCAGGUGGGCUCCUGCUUCAAGCUGAUCUUCGAGCAGAUCAAUAUGGCCGACACGGGCAAAUACAUGGUGGUGGCGAACAAUGCCGGCGGUGAAGCGCAAAGCACGGCCGACAUUGCCGUGCUGCAGUGUGAAAGUGCACCACAGCCGGCGCCACAGCCCGCGCCCCAGAAGCAUGUUUCGUUUGUGGACAUGGUUCAACAGCAACAGCCCCGUUCGGACGAGGCAUUCGAAGGCGAGGGCGGUGGUUUCAGUGCCCGACAGGAGUACGCGAGUGAGGCGAAGCUGAACGGCCCGACGACGGAAUCGACGAUCGUAACGGAGACGCGCCGUACGACAGAGGCAACGAUGCGGAUGGAGCACAAGAUCAGCUUCCCCGAUCUGCCGGUGCGUUUCUCGCAGCGUACGCAAACGCCCACGGUACCGACGGUGACCGAGGGCACGAGUCCGAUGGCUGACCCGUCGGCGCACCAGAACAUGGGCACUAACACCGAGCAUGUCGCGACCCGCUCGGACGCAACGCAGACUGCGACGACGGUCGACGUACCGAUCACACUAACACUGGCGCAACACGCACCGGCACCGGCUCAGCCACCGACGACACCGAGCGUUCGGCUCCCAGCUCAGUCCGAAUCGAAACGGGAGAGUAGCAGCAUCAGCAUCAGCAGCAGUACCACCGUUGUGCGCGAUCGUCCGAAGUCUUUCGAACCACUGUUGCAGCAACAGCAGCCGCAGCCGCCGUCGCCAACGCCGGCCAACGGUGAUCUCACGGCACAGUUGCCGAUCUACCAGCAGCCAGCGCCAUUCGCUGUCGCCAACGCACCAACCCCGACCCAGAUGUACUCAUCCUUCUCCUCGACGCAGCAGUUCCAAGCGUCAUCGACGCUGGCACAGCAGCAGUACUCGCAGUCAUCGAUGCAGUACCAACCGUUCAAGCCUUCCCUAGCGGUGGAUGCACCAGUCCGCGCGCCUUCCCCAGCCCCGGUGCCGACAUUCGUACCUAGUCAGGCAGCUCCGCCACCGACCCAGAGCUUCCCGCCGAAGAUAACUCCCUUCAAGCCUACUCCAGUAGCUCCGUCUGCUGCACCGUCGAUGUUCACUCCAGCUCCGGCACCAGCACCAGCACCCGCAACAAUGGCUGCACCGGUUCCAGCUGCUGUUCAGCCGCUAAAUGCAGCACCUGGUUGCACCUUGACGCCGAUUGCUGGAGCUACUCCAGCUUUCUUGGCCGGACCGUCCUACAACCAGACGCCACAACCGUUCAAGCCGUUGCCACCACCGACCAUUACGCCCAGUUCGCUUGGUGCCCCUGCUCCAGCUGCUGCUCCACUACUGGAUACUACUACGCUUGCUCAGCAAUCGUACGCUCCGGCACAGCCGCAGCCGCAGAACUUUGCACCGCCAGCACCGGAACCUACUGGUCCGAUUUCGUUGCCUCCUUACCAGGAGCCGCUCUCGUUCUCGUCUAAACCAUCGGUCGAGCCACUGUAUCCUGGUCAGUUGGGCUAUCAACAGCCAGCUCAGCAGCCCCCUCAACAAUACCAGCAACAGGUGGAACAGCAGCAGCAGUUGUAUCAACAGCAGCAGCAGCAACAGGUAUAUCAACAGCAGCAGCAACAGAUGUACCAACAGCAGUCGCAGCAGCAGCAGCAACAACAGUUCUACAUGGAGCAGCAGCAGGAGGAAGAGGUGUACAAGAAGAAAUCGGUGAAGGAAACGAAGAAAAUCUUCGAAGAAUCUCUCCUGCAGCAGCAGGCUGCGUAUGGCGAACUGAAGGCACCGCGUAUGGUCCAGGGCGUCCGUUUGCCCGUGGCAGCCCCACUACCGCCAGACUUCGGGUACGGUGCAAUCGCGGAGCUAGGUCUCGAGCCAGGGCCCCAGCCAACGAUGGGCUACGCUCCGAAGGCCUCGAGCGAGCGCAAGAGCUCCUACUACCGGGAGCAGAUUGAGCAGUCCUUGCUGGAGAGCAUGGACAAGGAGCCGGAGCGUGUCCCGGCCGGCGGUGUCAAGAUUAUCCCGCCCAGUCCGCGCAAGAAGUCGAAACAAUCGUCGGGACAAUCGGACACCGCAGGAGGAGCGCCUGCGCCGCUCGAGCAGCCGACAGAGCCGCAGCAGGGCCAGGGUGCCAAGACCAAGAGUCCGUUCACCGCCACCGAGAGCGAGUACGAGAGUGACCUGGACGGUACCGGAGCCCGGCGCCAGAACGGUUAUCUGGCCGACACGGAGGAGGUUGUGCAAAAGACGGCGGCUGUUUCAUUCGAACAACAGCAGCAGCAGACGAUCGAAAGCUUCAGCAGCUCGAGCAAGGUAGAGUCUCACUCGUCGUCGAUUGUCAGUGAGGUCGUCCAGCAACAGUCGGUACAGGUACAGGAGCAGAAGGUUGAACAGCAGCAGCAGCAACAGCAGACCAUCCAAGAACAGCAGCAACAGGUGUUCCAGGAGGUGUCUCAACCACCGGCAGCUGCAGAAGAACAGGUACAGCAACAGGAGUCGCAGCAACAAUCCGAGGAAGUGAUCAUCUCCUCGUCGGAAACCGUUCAAAAGGAAACGGUUGAGGAGAGCAAGAGCAGCUUCUUGGUGAACAACGAUCUGCCCGAGGACUUGCAGCCGGUGAAGGUACUGCCAACCGAGGAACCGCUGCCAACGCUGAAGCAUGUUCCAGUUCCGGCCGCCGUACAACCGGUACCGGAGCAGCAGCCAGCUCCAGAACCGCAGCUCGUGGUGGAGCCUCAGCAGACUUUGCAGCAGCCCCUACAGCAGCCGCAACCGCAACCGCAACAACCCGAACCGAUUGCUCAGACUCCGGUGCAGCAGAACGGAUAUCCAACGCCCAGUCCGGCCCAGCCAUUCCUGUCGGACUAUGAGAGUGACGCCACCGCUCCACCGCUGGCGGGUUACAAACCGGUCCAUCCGGUGUUUGCGCCACCGAAACAGGAGUUCGCGUCGGGUCCGGCUGCACCACCACCGUCAGUAUUCGACCCUAUCGACAAGAUUCAAGCGAGCCAAGUCAAUGUACCGAGCGAUGCACCAAAGAUUGAGAAACCAAAACCGAUCAGCUACGUACAGCAGCAACAGCAGCAACAGUACCAGUCGUACCAGCAACAGCAGACCUCAUCCUUCCAGCAGCAAACCUAUCAACAGCAGUCUUACCAGCAGCAGCAGCAGCAGCAGCAAUCGUUCCCGCCGGUAGCACAACCAAUGCCAGCACAAUACUACACAUCGGUGACGGCUCAGCCAGUGCACAACACGAUCGCUACCGAGACGUCCAACUCGCUGCACCUGAAGGAGAUGACCGAAAGCAGCAACCGUGUGCUGAAUAUGCAGCAAACGAAACGUGUCGUCAGCUUGGAGCAACAGCAGCAAUCGCAACAGCAACAGUCGUCUAUGUUCAUGCAGAAACCGGGUCGCUUCACACCAGGAGAGUAUCGUGACAGCGAUGGUUACGAUAGCGACGGUACACGCAUCCGUCCCCUGUGGACACCGAAUCCUUCCGACAGCGAUGAGCCGCACUAUCGUAGCGUGCGACCAAACUUCCAGCAAUCGCGCUCGACCAGUCUUCCACGCCAGUACGAACGCAUCCAAACGCCGAUGGAGUUCGAUACGCUGCCGGUGCAGAUGCCGACCAAGAUCGAGCUGUCCGCUGGGCUGGAGACUAGUCAGCAUCAGCGCAGCAGUUCGCUCUCCCGCCAGAGCACGCAGAUUGAAACGACAACCACAACGACGACGGAAACGCUCAAGACGCAAACACUGGACCGGUACGCGUCGAAGCGAUUGGCCACCACUCCGGUGCCGAAUACGCGCGACGAUAUGGCGGUGAAGGCGCACCGGGUCGCGCCCAUCAACUACAUCCAGAAGCAGGCGGACGGUAUGGCGCAGACGUUCAAAACGAAGGCGUACCACUUCAACAAUGAGGUAAUGACGGACAUCAAGAAGACGCCGAUCAAGCCGAUCCUGAAGAACGCGUACGCUGCUCCGAUGGUGCAGCAACCGCCCCAGCAACUGCCCCAACAACUGCCCCAGCAACAGAUGACACCACCCCAGGCUACUGCUGCCCCACCACAGGUCUACCGGGAGGAGUCACGAGUAUCGCAAUAUGAAGCAUCAUUUCUGUGCUACAAGGAGCUUAAACCGAACGGCCACUCGGAACCAAACCAUCGCGAAACGAACGGUCCGGUUCCGACGAUGCUGGAGGAAACGGACACGAUCGAGAAGACGUACCGGUCGAUCUGCUUAAUACAGACGUGCGAAGUGCAACAGCAACAUGGUGGCUAUAUUCAGCAGAGUACUACACCGCUGGCAUCGAUAAAGCCCAGUCUCCAGACACCAACUGGAGGUGCUCCGUUCCAGCAGCAACCACAGCAGCAAGUACCAUUGCAACCGCAGCCAACAUACGGUAUGGCGGUUCCAACUCCGGUCGGCGCCGGGCCAGGUGAUUACUCACCGCCGGUCUUUGAACAAAUCUUCAAGAACUCUCGCUUCGCCCAGGGCGGCAACGCUCUGUUCGAGGGCAAGCUAAAGGGUAAUCCCAAGCCGGAAGUUUCGUGGACUCGAAAAGGCGCACCCCUUCUCGAUUCUACGAAACAUCGCUUGAGUUACAAUCCGGCGACCGGAGCCGUCUCGCUGCUGAUCAACCAGAUCGGACCGGGCGAUGAGGGCGAAUACACGUGCAAGGCACGCAACACUGUCGGAGAAGCGAUCUGCUCGGUGUUUAUUCAGCCGGAGGGCAUGCCGACUCCGCAGUUUCAGCAGGUACGUCGCGAACAGCAGCAAACUAGCAUUACGAAGCAGCAGCAGCAACAACAGUACACCAAUGGAUAUUCUCACAUGGAGGAGGAAUUCAAGGUGGACACGUUCGAGUAUCGGUUGCUGCGUGAGACAUCUUACAGGGAAUCGAUCACAAGGCGUUAUGCCGGUGAAACAGACGCGCAGCUAAUCACGACGCUUGAUCAUGCUCUGGGUCCCGCUUCGGCUCCUCAGAUUGGCCAGAAGCCGCGCAACUCGAAGCUUUCCGAGGGUUCGGAUGCAGUAUUCAGUACGCGUGUUCUGGCUAAUCCACGUCCGCGUCUGUCCUGGUUUAAGGACGGUCAGCGCCUUAUCCCGUCGGCGGAUAAGUACGAAAUGGGUUACUCCAAUCAACAGGCAACUCUGCGCAUCAAGAACGUCAAUGCACGCGACUCUGGGCACUACACACUGUUGGCCGAAAACCCACAGGGUUGCCAGGUAUCGUCCGCUGUGCUGGCUGUCGAAGCCGCCCAGGAACAGGUGGCAGUUGAACGUGCUACCUCGUUCUCGGAGCAGCAGCACUACCAGCAGCAGCAACAGCAGCAGGUCAUUGAGACCUCGACCGAGGCAACUAAGGCAUUGUCGCCAUCGUUUGUGACGCUGAUCCAGGACGCCGAAACGACCGAGGGUAAAAUGGUAAGAUUCGACUGUCGCGUGACUGGUCGGCCGUACCCUGAGGUGGCUUGGUACAUUAACGGCAACCUGGUAACGGACGAUGCAACGCACAAGAUUCUCGUCAACGAGGCUGGCAAUCAUUCGCUAAUGAUCACCAGCACCAAUCGCUUCGAUCAUGGCAUUGUAACGUGUGUGGCACGUAACAAGAGUGGCGAGGUAGCGGCUCAGGCUAAACUGGUCGUGUGUGAACGUGAACAGGUGGUUGCACCGAAGUUCGUCGAGCGCUUCACCACGGUGAACGUGAAGGAGGGUGAACCGGUGCGCCUGUUUGCACGUGCCAUCGGAACACCGUUACCGCGCAUUACCUGGCAGAAGGAUGGAAUUCCGCUCGUGCCAGGACCGGAAGUGCAGAUCUGCAACGACGAGAACGGUUGCACUACCGUGGACAUCCCGAGAGCGAAGGCGUCGGACGCCGCGUGGUACCAGUGCACGGCACAAAACGUGGCCGGUACCACGGCGACCCGCGCCCGUCUCUUCGUCGAAGCUCCGAAGGGACCGGCGCCAGAGCAGAAACGUCUCAAUCUACCACGACCAACGAAAGUGAUUCAGCCGGAAGCUGUUCCCGAACCAGAAAUCAUCUACUUGCGUCAUGUGGAGCGAGCUGCUCCGCAUGCACCACCCAAGGAGGAGGAACGCACCUAUCCACCACCAAAGUUCAUCGUCCCGCUGAACGACGUUGCGCAAGUUGAGGGUGGAAAAGUUCACUUCGAGGCUCGUAUUGAGCCCGUAUCUGAUCCUUCGAUGCGCGUUCAGUGGUUCUUGAACGGCAAUCUUAUUCAAGCAAGCUCUCGAGCAAACACGACGUUCCAGUUCGGUUUCGUGGCUCUAGAUCUGCUGACGAUUGUAAUGGAAGACAGCGGUGAAUAUCUGUGCCGUUUGUCCAGCUCGACUGGUGUGGCAGAAUCGCGUGCCAUGCUUAGCGUGCAGCCGCGCCCACCAAUCGAGCAGCAACCACAGCAUCCGUCAUCGUUGGAUCAGAUUCAGCACCUUGAGGACUACUCGAGGUACGUGCGCACCGAGAGCAUCGAAGAAGUGGUCAACCAGAAGCCAGGAUUCACCAGACCGCUGCAAGAUUUGGGUGAGCUUGAGGAAGGCCGCAAUGCUCAUUUCGAAGCUCAGAUCACUCCGGUCAGCGAUCCUACGAUGCGCGUUGAGUGGUACAAGGACGGACGUCCCAUUACGGCUAGUUCGCGUAUUACUGCCAUCUUCAACUUUGGCUACGUCUCGUUGAACAUUAUGCAUUUGCGAGCGGAAGAUGCCGGCACAUACACGGUGCGUGCAGUAAAUCGCAUUGGCGAAGCUAUCAGCACAUCGAAGAUUACUGUAGUGAGCAAGGCGCCCGUUACCGGUGACUUGGGCAUCUCAGAGCAGCGUAACUAUAUCCAGAAAAUCGAAGAAAUGGAACAGUACCAAAAGUACCAGAACAUGAAGUUCUACGAGGAAACUCCGGAGAGCACUCAGCGGCCGGAGUUCAAGAGCCCCAUCACGGACCAGCUCAAUGUGCGCGAAGGUGGCUUUGCACACUUCGAAGCCCGCCUGGAACCGGUCGGCGACGCAACGUUGCGCGUCGAAUGGCUUAAGGAUGGACAUCCAGUGGAGGCAAGUUCGCGCAUUACUUCGUUCUGUAACUUUGGCUAUGUUGCGCUUACGAUCAAACAAGUUACCGUGCACGACGUCGGUACCUACACGUGCCGUGCUUACAAUUCUCUUGGUGAGGCGCACGUUUCCGCUCGUUUGACGGUAGUGACCCGCCAGGACAUCAUUGUCGAUUCACAGACAAGCCACAUGGGCAUGGAGAAGAUCCAAUAUCUGGAGGAUUCCUCACGCUAUAUGCGCACCACCCAGGAACAGGUCGAACAACAGGUCGUCCAACCUCAGCCACGAUUCCUUGGACCGCUCAAGGGUACGAACCGCAUUGUCGAGGGACAACGUGCUCACUUUGAAGCUCGUCUGGAACCACAGUCGGACCUGACGAUGCGUGUUGAAUGGUACCACAACGGUCGUCCAUUGAUGAGUGCUAACCGCAUCCAGACGUAUCAUGACUUUGGAUACGUAGCGUUGGAUAUCUUGGACGUUCGUGCGGAAGACUCUGGAACUUACACACUGGUCGCUGCGAACAGUUCGGGACAGGCGCAGGUUGAAGCUACCAUGGUGGUUGAAACUCGCGCUGCUAUCGACACAACGAGCAUGCAUCAUGUAGUCGAACGAUCGCAACAGAAGGUAGAUAAGCAGUUCGUUGAACCACAGUACCAAGUUGAGGAGCUGUGCAAGUCGAAACCGAUUUUCACUCAGCCUUUGUCGGAUCCACAACCUGUCGGCGAGGGACGUAACAUUCAUUUGGAGUGCAAGCUGGAACCGCUCGGCGAUCCAACUAUGCGCGUAGAAUGGUACCAUAAUGGACGCCCGAUUACGGUCGGUUCCCGAUUCAAGACUUACUACGACUUUGGUUUCGUUGCCCUGGACAUUCUGCAUUCGACCGCGGUUGACUCUGGCGAGUACACCGUGCGUGCUACCAACCAGCUCGGAUCGGCCCACACGUCUGCUUGUGUACGUGUCAUUACCCGUUCCGAUGUCAUCACUGAGGCGCAGAGUGAGAUGUCCGUCGAGCAGAUGCAGUAUCUAGAGGACGCAUCGCGUAUGCGUCGUGAUGUGCUUGAGGACAUUACGGUGAUGUCGCCGCCACAGUUUGCUCGUUCCCUGCACAACAUUGAAACGUUUGAGGGAACCAACAUUCACCUCGAGUGCCGUCUGCAACCCGUUGGCGAUCCGACUAUGCGUGUCGAAUGGUUCGUAAACGGAAUGCCGGUUAAGAUUGGGCAUCGUUUCCGACCGGCAUACGAGUUCGAUUACGUCGCGCUAGAUCUGCUCGGUGUAUAUGCGGCUGAUUCUGGUGUGUACACUUGCCAAGCGCGAAACUCGCUUGGUGAGGCUGUCACCUCUUGCUCCGUGCGUAUUAUGGCUAAGAAGGAUUUGAUUUUGGAAACGCAAUACCCUGCCGGACUGGAGAAGUUGCAGUACCUGGAGGAUAUUGCUCGUUACCGCAAGACCGAGUACGUCGAUGAGAUUGUAAACGUCAAGCCACGCUUCCUUACCAAACCAAAGAACAUUGACCGAGCGCAGGAAGGUGGACAUGCUCAUUUCGAGUGCAAGCUGGAACCGGUCACGGAUCCAAAUCUGAAGGUGGAAUGGUACAAGAACGGUAUGCCCAUCACGGUGGGUCACCGUUUCCGCCCGAUCCAUGACUUUGGCUACGUUGCUCUGGACAUCAUCGACCUGAUCGCGGAAGAUACCGGUACCUACAUGUGCCGUGCCGUCAACUUGGUCGGUGUUGAUGAAAUCGCCGUGCAGCUGGUGUGCCGUGGAUCGCAGCAGAUUCUUACCAACACCCAGAACGAGAUGGGUCUGGAGCAGAUCCAGUAUCUGGAGGAGAAGGCACGUCAGCAGCGGUCGGAUUAUCUUGACGAGAUGACGACCCAAGCGCCUACGUUCACGACUUCGCUGAAGCACAUCGAAAUCAAGGAAGGACAGCGAGCUCACUUUGAGUGUCGUUUGAUUCCUGUUUCCGAUCCUACACUGCGUGUCGAAUGGUACCAUAAUGAGGCACCGGUCAAGACUGGUUCUCGGUUCACCGAAACGAACAACUUUGGCUUCGUAGCGCUCGACAUCAUGGGCUGUCUGGCUGAUGACUCCGGCACCUAUACUUGCCGUGCGGUGAACGCACUGGGUGAAGCCGUUACUUCGGCUACUUGUGUGGUGCAUACGCGCAAGAGCAUCUACUCGGAAUCGCAACACGAACAUGCUCUGACCAGCUUGCGCUAUCUGGAGGACAACUCACGCUACCAGCGUGAUACUGAGGUCGAUGAGGUUAUCACCCAGGCUCCAGUGUUCACGCUGCCUGUGAAGGAUGUUAAAGCGGCAGAGAACCAGGCUGUUCACUUUGAAGCGCGUCUCGUACCGGUCGGUGAUCCAAAGAUGCGCGUAGAAUGGUUGCGCAAUGGUGUCCCGAUUGAGGCAUCGAACCGCACCACGACCAUGCAUGACUUCGGUUACGUUGCUCUGAACAUGAAGUACGUUAAUCCAGAGGACUCGGGCACUUACACGUGCCGUGCAACCAACGACCUUGGUCAAGCUGUUACGUCUGCGAAGUUGGUCGUCCAAUCGAAGGCAUCGCUGGAUCUGGAAACUCAGAACGAGAGUGCACUGGAGAAGAUCCAUCAGCUCGAGGACGCUAUCCGCUUCCAACGUCGUGAAGAGGAAGAGGUGGCCGUUACUCAGCCACCCAAGUUCACCACCAAGCUUCAUGGCCCGACAAAUCUGGUUGAGGGACAGAGCGCUCACUACGAAUGCCGCAUCGAGCCGUAUCCGGAUUCGAGCCUGAAGGUUGAGUGGUUCCACAAUGGACAACCGCUCACCACCGGUCACAGAUUCCGUACGACUUACGACUUUGGAUUUGCUGCUCUCGAUGUGUUGACGGUGUACGCCGAGGACUCAGGUGAGUACACGUGCCGUGCAACGAACCAUCUCGGAUCGGAAACGUCUUCCAUUGCGCUAAAUGUGACGCCGAAGGCUGGAAUUGUGCGUGACACGCAGCACGAAGGUGCACUGGAAAAGAUCCAGUACUUGGAAUGUGACGCCCGUUACGGUCGCAAGGGAGAAGAUGAGAUGUAUGUGGCCGAGAAGCCCCAAUUUGGCCGACCACUCAAGAAUGCGAGUGUUGGUGAGGGACUGCCGGUACAUUUGGAGGCGACGUUGACACCGGUCAACGAUCCAACGAUGAAGGUGGAAUGGUACUGCAAUGGACGCCCGAUUCAGCAGGGCCACCGGUUCAAAACGACGUACGAUUUCGGUUUCGUAGCUCUCGACAUCCUUUAUGCGCACGCUGAGGACACGGGAACUUACAUGUGUAAGGCUAAGAAUGCAAUUGGAGAGGCUGUUACGACAUGCGCUGUUAAAGUCACAGCAAAUGCCGGAUUAUAUUUGGAGACGCUUGAUGAACAGCGACUGCAAAAGAUUAAGGAAUUGGAGAGCUACCAGAAACCGCACACCCCAGAUGUUGAACCGGCGAAGCAGAAACCUGUCUUCCUCACUCCGCUGACUAGCUUGGAGAAUCUGAAGGAAGGCGAUUACGCCCACCUGGAGUGUCGCGUGGAACCGAUCAACGAUCCGAACCUCAAGAUUGAAUGGUUCAUCAACGGUAAGGCAAUCCGCGCCGGACAUCGCUUCCGUACGACGCACGACUUUGGCUAUGUGGCGCUCGACAUUUUGUACGUAUAUGGCGAGGACAGUGGAACGUACAUGUGCAAAGCCACCAAUCAGGUCGGUGAGGCGGUCAGUACGUGCAACAUUCGCGUCACGAACAAGCGCAACAUCAUUUUCGACUCGCAGCAUCCGGAUGGUUUGGAGAAGAUCCAGAAGCUGGAGGCGCACGUUCGCCCCUCGCGUCUGGAGUUGGACGAACCGGAAGUCACUGCACCACGCUUCGUUACCGAGCUGCGUGGCACAACGGAGAUUCACGAAGGACAGACGGCCCACUUCGAGGCGCAGGUUGAACCGAUCCACGAUCCGAACUUGCGCAUCGAGUUCUACCACAACGGCAAGCCACUACAGUCCGCUUCACGCUUCCACAUUACGUUCGACUUUGGUUACGUCGCACUGGACAUCCAGCAUGUUGUUGCUGAGGAUGCAGGCGAGUACAUGGUUAAGGCCAUCAAUGCCAAGGGCCAGUGUAAGUCGACGAUCAAGAUGCAGGUUACUGCCAAGGGAGCGAUCAUCUCCGAUACGCAGCAUCCGGAAGGUUUGGACAAGAUCAAGCAGCUCGAGGGCGCUAGUCCAUUCCGUCGUCCGGAGGUACAGGAUGCGGUCACCAAGCAACGUCCAGUAUUUACGCAACCACUGCAGAACAUCGAUUUUGUUGCUGAAGGACAAACGGCACACUUUGAGUGCCGCUUGAUCCCGGUGGGUGAUCCGAACUUGCGCGUAGAAUGGUUCCGCAACGAGCAGGCGCUCGAGGACAGCUCGCGCAUCACGAAACAGCACGAUUUCGGCUUUGUCUCGAUGGAUUUGCAACACGUGCGCGAAGAGGAUGAGGGCGUGUACAUGUGCCGCGCCAUCAACCCGUUGGGUGAGGCUGUCACGACCGCUUCCAUGCGUGUCCGCACGAAGGCAAGCAUUCAGAUGGAUUCGCAGCAUCCGGAGGGCAUGAAGAAGAUUAUUGCAUUGGAGCAACCGCACCAGCAGCGUUCCGAGGAUCAGGAGGCAGCAUUUGAAAAGCCGAUAUUCACACAGUUGCUGACCGGCCCGUCAGAUCUUUGGGAGGGUCAGCAUGCACACUUCGAGGCACGCGUUGUGCCGGUGGGUGAUGCUAGCAUGAAGUACGAAUGGUACGUGAACGGUGUUGAGCUGAAGAUGGGAUCGCGCUUCCGGACUACGAACGACUUUGGAUUCGUCACGUUGGACAUCAAUUCGGUCGUGGCGGAAGACUCGGGCGUGUACAUGUGCAAGGCAAUCAAUCGCGCAGGUGAAGCCGUUUCGUCCACAACGAUGAAGAUCAAGUCGAAGGCAUCGAUCGCGGGAGAGCCGCUACUGCCGGAAGCCUGGGAGAAGAUUCAGCUGAAGGAAGCCGCCAUGAACCGUGUACCGGAUAUGUUUGUCGACACGACGCCACAGCAGGCGCCAGUAUUCACCACUCACCUGGAAAGCCACGACAAGCUGCAGGAAGGACAACAUGUCUAUUUGGAAGCUCAGGUGGAACCGCGUGCCGAUCCAAACCUGCGCAUCGAAUGGUUCAAAAAUGGUAUCGCCAUCACUACCGGAGCACGUAUCCGCAGCACGUUCGAUUUCGGACUUGUUACGCUUUCGAUCAACGGACUGCGCGCGGACGACUCGGCCAUCUACACAUGCAAGGCUACGAACAAUCUCGGUGAAGCUGUGUCUACGGCAACGCUCAAGAUCGACGCCAGCCAUUGGCUGCUCGGUGACACCAUGCAUCCGUCGUCCGUGCAGAAGAUCCAGGAUCUGGAGGCACCGCGUAUCAACCUGCGCGAUGUACCAGAGGAUCAGUUCGAAUCGCCAGUCUUUGUUAGUCAUCUGAACAAUGUGGAGAUCAAGGAGGGCGAAAAUGCACACUUCGAGUGCCGUGUGGAACCUUCCAAGGAUCCUACGAUGCAGAUCGAAUGGUUCGUCAAUGGCAAGCCUCUACCAACGGGAGCUCGUUUCAAGACAACAUACGACUUCGGAUUUGUCUCACUGGAUCUGACCGGUGCGUACGCUGAGGAUUCCGGUAUCUACACUUGCAAGGCGACCAAUAGCAAGGGAUCGGCAUCGACUUCGGGUUCGUUGCGUUGUACCAGUACCACUACAAUGUACUUGGACACGCAACACCCUCAGGGCAAGGCAGGACUGGAAGCUGUUCAAGAUACGGAAGCAUCUUUGGCCAACCGUUACCGUCGCCAGGAAUCGAAGCCGGAAUCUGCCUUCCCGAAACCACAGUGGACGGUACAGUUGCAGUCCGAGUUCCGGUUGAACGAGGCAGAAGCACUUCAUCUGGAAGGCCAAGUCGAACCGAAGGACGAUCCUAACCUGAAGAUUGAAUGGUACUUCAACGGCAAGGUGCUGGAGCAUGGAUCACGGUUUAAGAUGACGAGUGACUUUGGUUUCGUCACGCUCGACCUUACGGAGGUGUACGAACGCGAUCAGGGUAUUUACACCUGCAAGGCGUACAACCUGUCCGGAGAGGCAUUCACCUCGUCGACCGUCUACUGCACCACGAAGGAGAGCCUGAUCGAGCGUACUCAGCAUCCGAAGGGCACGGAGGGUCUGGAAAAGAUCCAGGAUCUGGAGGAUUCACUCCGUCGUCCGGAAGGUGGAGAGGCUGAAUCGGACGCUGGACAUGCACCGCGCUUCACCUCGGAAUUCGUGACGCUGAAGAACGUCGGCGAGGGUGAGAUUGCGCACUUCGAUGCUACUCUCAUUCCGACCGGCGAUCAGUCGAUGACCAUUGAGUGGUUGUACAAUGGCAAGCAGCUCGAGGCUAGCCACCGUGUGCGCACGGUGUACGCCUUCGGAAUGGUGGUGCUUGAGAUCCUUGGCACGAAGAUUGAGGACUCGGGUAGCUACACAUGCCGCGCUACGAACCGUUGGGGAACGGCUGAAAUCAGCGUUGAUUUGGAAUGUGUUGACAAAUCGGCUGGACAAAAGCCGCGCUUCACCACUCAGCUCCAAUCGCUGGAGGGCUUGAAGGAUGGACAGUCGGCUCACUUCGAGUGUACGCUUGUGCCGGUGAACGAUCCGGACCUGAAGGUGGAAUGGUUCCAUAACGGUAAGCCGAUGCGCCACUCGAACCGUAUCAAGCCUGUGUCGGACUUUGGCUACGUGCUACUGGACAUUGCGUACGUGCAGAGUCAUGAUUCGGGCGAGUACGUGUGCCGUGCGUCGAACAAAUACGGUGAAGACACCACCCGCGCCACGCUCAAGUGCUUCGGAAAGGGUGGCGUGUAUCUGGAAUCGCUCCAACCGGACUCGCUGGCAAGAAUUCGCGAGCUCGAAAGCCAGUCGGGCGUGAAGCAGACUGCUGCCGGAUCGCCAGUUGGCGAGGCACCACGUUUCACCACCAAGAUCACUGACAUUACGAAGCUGGUCGAGGGACAGAGCGCUCACUUUGAGGCUCGUUUGACGCCGAUCAACGAUCCUGAGCUGGUGGUAGAAUGGUACUGGAAUGGUCAGAAGCUGCCACAUGGUCAUCGCUACCGCACUUUCCACGAUUUCGGAAUCGUCAUACUGGAUAUUCUGUACUGCUACGAAGAAAACUCGGGUGAGUUCGAGUGCCGUGCUACGAACAAGUAUGGUUCGGACAGCACCAAGGCUACGUUGCGCUGUAUCUCGAAGGCUAACCUUAUCCUGGACUCGCAACUGCCGCGUGGAAUGGAGGGUGGACUGGAGAAGAUCCAGACGCUGGAGGACUCGUUAAUCCGUACGCGUGACGAGCGUGAGCGUACUGAGGGCGGUCGUGCUCCAGUCUUCACAACACCACUGUCUAACAUCGAUUCGCUGCGUGAAGGUGAAAGUGCUCACUUCGAGGCGAAGCUGACACCAACCGACGAUCCAAAACUGAAGGUGGAAUGGUUCUGGAACGGCAAGCCAUUGAAGACUGGCUCGCGGUUCCGGACGUUCUGCGACUUUGGAUUUGUUAUUCUGGAAAUCUCUCCAGUGUAUCCCGAGGACUCGGGUGAGUACUCGUGCCGUGCGACGAACGAGUAUGGUGAGGCCGUCACUACUUCGACCAUGCGUGUACAGGGCAAGCGUAGCAUCAUUCUUGAAUCACAGUUGCCCAAGGGCAUGGAGGGAACAAUCGAGCGUAUCGCUGAGCUGGAAGGUCUCGGCAUUCCGCAUGGUGGACUUGGUUCGCCCGACGACGAUACGGGUAAGCCGCCAGAGUUCAUCACCACACCUUCGGACAUGACGCUGACCGAGAAUUCUCUGGCCCACUUCGAGUGUCGCCUGACACCGAUCAACGAUCCGAGCAUGCGUGUCGAGUGGUACCACAACGGAAAGGCCCUGUGGGCUGGAUCGCGCAUCAAAACGAUCAACGACUUUGGUUUUGUUAUCCUGGAGAUUGCUGGAUGCUACCAGCGUGAUUCGGGAUUGUACACGUGCAAGGCUACUAACCGCCACGGAGAGGCUACCGUCUCGUGUAAGUUAACCGUGCGUGGCCGACAGGGUAUCAUUAUGGAGCCGCAGCUCCCUUCGAACUUCCGCACUGGUACGGAAAGCAUCCAGAAGUUGGAAGAGCAGUUGCACAAGCGCGAAGAGCUGCUGGCUGACGAAGAAGAAGGUCGCCCACCGAAGUUCGUCGUCGAAAUCAAGGACAACGUGGACAUACCCGAGGGUGGUCCAGUUCACUUCGACUGUCGCGUUGAACCAGUAGGCGACUCAUCGCUCCGUAUUGAUUGGUAUCAUAAUGGCAAGCCAUUUGCAACCGGUUCUCGUGUGCACAUGCUGAACGAUUUCGGAUUCAUUGCGCUCGAUAUGGACUACGCGUAUGUGCGAGAUUCUGGCGUGUAUGAGUGCCGUGCCACCAACAAGUGGGGAACUGCAUCCACCACCGCUAAGGUGACUGUGGUAGCCCGUGGUGGUAUCGUGCUGGACUCGCAGCUGCCCGAAGGCAUGACCGCUUCCAAGCUGAAGGAGCUAGAACGUGGAAAGGUAACGUUGGCAACGCAAGAAGAGCGUACCUUCGGACCACCGAAGUUUGUGUCACAGAUCCAGUCGGCUACGAUCGAUGAGGGUGAAACUAUUCGCUUCGAGUGCCGCGUUGAGCCUAAGGAAGAUCCAAAACUGCGUGUGGAAUGGUUCCGCAACGGCAAACCACUGCCAAGCGGUCACCGUUACCGUACGAUCUACGAUAUGGGUUUCGUGUCGCUGGACAUUCUAUCGGUGUACACGGAGGAUGCAGGUGAUUACACUUGCCGCGCUUUCAACGAGCAUGGCGAAGAUGUAACGAAGGCCCACAUCAGCUGCAAGAAGCUGCCGUCGAUUGUGCUCCAGAACCAGAUCCCGAAGGGCAUGCAGAAGUCGGAAACGCUCAUGCAGAUGGAAGCAACGAUCAAGAAGUACACCGAGGAAAUCUUCCUCACCGAGGACGAUCUGUUCGAUCCGGACCGCAAGCAGCCGCCUCGUUUUGUUGUGCAGAUCAAGGAUCAGACCAACCUGGUCGAGAUGCAGGCCACCAAGUUCGAGUGCCAGCUGGCACCGGUCGGCGAUCCGGACAUGAAGGUGGAAUGGUUCUACAAUGGCAAACCUUUGCCGUACAAGAACCGUUUCACGCCGAUCUACGACUUUGGAUACGUUGCGAUGAACUUCGGAUGGAUCUACCCGGAGGACAGCGGCGAAUAUCUUUGCCGUGCCACGAACUUGUACGGCAUGGACGAAACGCGUGCAAUCAUUAAGACUACCGGCAAGCCAGGCAUCGUCUACGAUUCUCAGCUGCCAAAGGGCAUGAAGAGUAUCCAGAAGAUUCGCGAAAUGGAAGCCUUGUGGAACUUGAAUAUCCCAGAGGUGAUCGACGAAACUCAAAAACCGAAGAAGGAACCAGCCUUUGUCAGUCGUCCAGAGUCGAUUGAGGUAGAGGAAGGUGAAUGGGCUCGAUUCUGCUGUCGUGUUACAGGACAUCCAAAGCCGCGCGUGAUGUGGCUCAUCAAUGGACACACUGUCGUUAAUGGUCAACGUUACAAGCUCACCUAUGAUGGCAUGUAUCACUUCGAUAUUCCGAAGACGCGUCAGUAUGAUACCGGCAAGAUUGAGGUGAUCGCCCGCAGCUCCGUCGGUGAGGCCGUUGCUAGCUGCGAGCUGAAGAUUACUCCUCGUCGCGAUGACUACCGCGGUGUACUGAAGAAUUCGCCACGACCAUGGUACGACUACGAUCUAGUCGCUUAUCAGAAGGAACGCAAUGAGACGGAUCUGGAAACGACGCUGCAGGAAGAGAAGGCGAAGAAGAAGCGCGUCACCAAGGUAGUGCAGAAGGCGAAGUCCAAGAAGGACGGCGAGACCGAAUGGCAAAAGACGGUCAAGCAGAAGAAGGGCGAGGAGUACUACAGCAAGCUGGCUGAGCUUGAGACUGAGCAGCUUACCAAGGAGCAGAAGAUGCGCGAAGAGAAGCAUCAGUUUGCGAUCCCUGGCGAGAAGGUUGUGAGCCAAUCGCUCGCAAAGGGCAUGGCUAGUGCAUACGAGCAGACGCUGUAAGUAUAUAAGAUAUGGUGGGAAAAUCUUGAAAUGCUCUUCAUACCCUUCAUUUUUUUGUCUGUUGCACCUUUCAGGGAGGAAACAAAGGAAAGUGAAAAUGUGGAACUGAUUGAGGCGCCCAAGAAAAAGCUGAUCCCGGAGCCGACAGAAACGUCCGUCCAGGGCAAGGAAGUGCACAUCUCCCAGCAGAAGCAAAUCCAGAAGGAGGUGCACGAUGAUAAGGAAAUCAUCCGCAAAAUCACCGCCACCGAGACGACCGAAAUGGAGCACAAGGGUACGACGCAGGAACGCGUAGUGGAAGGACCGGUGCAGCCGACCAAGCCACCAGUGUUCACGCGCAAAAUUCAGCCGUGCCGUGCGUUCGAAAAUGAGCAGGCUAGGUUUGAGGUGGAGUUCGACGGUGAACCCAUGCCGACGGUGCGAUGGUUCCGCGAAAACUUCCAGAUUAACAACUCAGCCGACUUCCAGAUCCACACGUUCGGUACGAAGUCGGUGUUGAUCAUUCGACAGGUGUUCCUGGAAGAUUCGGCCGUGUUCGCCGUCAUUGCGGAGAACCGUGGAGGUACAGCGAAGUGUAGCGCCAAUCUGGUGGUUGAACAGCGUCGUCAGCAGGGUCGUGGUGGUGUGAUUCCGCCGAGUUUCGUAAGCACUAUUAGUGACACGACGGUCACGGCUGGACAGUUGGCCCGGUUUGAUGCAAAAGUUACCGGCACAAAGCCACUCGAUGUGUACUGGUUGAAGAAUGGCCAGAAGCUGACGCCGAACAUCAAGUACAAGAUGCUCGAGGAGGACAACAACUACACGCUGCUGAUUAUUGAGGCGUACGCAGAGGACGGGGCGAAGUACGAGUGUGUGGCCAUCAAUGGUGCCGGUGAAGCACGAUGUGAUGCGGUCUGUACCGUGGACACCCCGGUUACGCCCAUCAUUGAGAAACCGGCCACGCCUGGUACAGAGCGUCCUCCAACGUUGGUGGAACCACUCAAGGAUAAAACCGUGCCCGAGGGACAAUCGGUCGAGUUCCGUACGAGAGUUACCGGCAAACCGACACCUACCGCACAGUGGUUCAAGGGCGACAAGCAGAUUAAGCCUUCGAAGUACUUCCAGAUGGGCAAGGAUCGGGAUGCGUUCACGCUGAUCGUUACUGAGGCGUUCCCCGAGGAUGAGGGUCAGUACCUGUGCAUUGCAUCGAAUCCGGGUGGUGAGGUUCACACGACCGCCACGCUGAAGGUGGUCGCACCGGAGAUGCCCGACGCCGGGCCGAAGCUGAGCGAGAUGAAGGAUUGCAUCGUUGACGAGGGUUCGCCGGCCCAGUUCAAGACAACGAUCGUCGGCAAACCUACCAAAAUGACCGUCCAGUGGUUGCGCGAGGGUCUACUGAUUCCGGAGUCUCCCGAUUUUCAGAUGAUCAACGAGGGCAACAAUGCCGUGCUGCUGAUCGGGACGACCUACGAGGAAGACUCCGGUACCUUCACCUGCCGUGUGACCACAUCCGCCGGGCAGGUCGAAACGUCCGCCAAACUAAUAGUCAAAAAGCGCCGCAAGCAGCUGCGACAGGUGCACGGUGCCGAUGGCGUACUGCUUCAACAGCAACAGGAUGUGCAACAGGCGCAACAGUUUUCGUCAUACACCGCUACUACCGCAGCGGCCCAAGAAUUAAGUGAUGGAUCGUACGAUAGUAGUACCGGGGUGAGCGAGGUGGUGGACACCGAGUUCGUCCCGCAAGGUGAUGAGAGUCUGCCCUGGAGACGGUCUCGAAGCUUAUCCCGAGGUCCGACCUCCACUGUUGCUCCCUGGCGACGUGCAUCGCAGGAUAGACGUACAUCGCGUGACCGAUCGCUUUCGAUCGACAAGCGUGAAGAUAUUAAACCAUGGACGGCCGAGGUGGUGAAGCUGAAGAAAACCACCAAGGAGCGUAAGAAAAUCGAAAAAGAAAAGCUAGAAACGGUGCAGCUUAAGCCGACCCAAAUUCAGAAGCCACAGGUGAAGCGGGAACAGCUGGAAAAGAUCGAACUGAAAACGGUGAAACGCGAACAGCAAGAAAUCACCGAGCAUCACAUGGAAGAGAUGGUUCAAGCGAUUAUCGGAGAGCAGGAAGACAUUGAUCAUGUGGACUACCAUACUCAAAAAUUUCAACACGACGAGGACAUUUCCAUCCUCGAAAUUCAACAGCAAGUAGAUGAAAAAAUUCGGCAAAAAGAAGGACCCCGGAAGGAACAUUACGUAGAGAGCACCGAAAGCGCUAUGCUUAAGGUAGAAAGAGACGAAACAACGAUAGAGCAAGAGCAACAAAAACUUACCCUUGACCAGGGAGCCGGUGUAGCUUGGAGACGAGGAAAACGCCCCGAGCCAGAACGUGUACCUUAUGCACAGGUUGAAGGUUCUGCCAUGCUAAGUGUGGAUCGUUCAGAAGAGCAAGAAGCUAAGACACCACAGCAACAAGCCGAGCUACAGCCAGUUCCCUGGCGAAGAGGACCAAAAGAAGUUCCUUCUCAACCUGUACAGAUAGUAGAACAGGAAGAUAGUGCCCUGCUCAAAGUAGUGCAAACAGAACAAGAGCUUCAACAAGAUACGAAACCCAACGAACAGCCCGUAGCAUGGCGAAGAGGACCCAAAGAGAGGAAACCUGUAUCGGAACCAGCACUGGAAGAGCCUCAAACAGUCGUGGAAGAACAGCCCGAGACGCAACUUCCACCAUGGAUGAGAGGACGCAAACCGGGACCGAAACGGGAGUUGCCAAAACCACCAGAACCUGAGAAGGUUGAACAGGUUAUGCUAAAGUCUACACCGCGCCAAAAGAAGGAGCUCCCGAAGGAAACUGUCGAGGAAGUUUCUCUGAAACCUAUUCCCAAGAAACCUGUUAUAGAAGAAGUUCCAGUAACAGAACCUGAGGAAGUCGAAGAAAACACGGUCAAGAUUGUCAAGAAACAAAAACCGAAGUCUGUGCCUCAAGAACAAGAGUCAUUUGAGAAACUGGAAUUCACUCCAACAGAAGUUCCCGAAGCUGAAAAGAUGGCGCUUCCUGAAAAAAUGGAUGAUGUUAAGCCCAAACAACCUGAACAAGAGCCGGAAAAGCCAAGCUGGCGUAGACAACAAAAGCCAAAGCCACAGGAAGGAGUUCCUGAGGAAAAACAAUGGCCCACUGGUAAGAGGCGUCCACUUCCAGUGGAGCCAAAGGAAGAAGUGGUUCUCAAGCCUAUUCCUCGACCAACGAAAGAGGAAGAGCCUAAGCUAACAGAGGAGCCUACCAUUAAACCGAAACCAAUCCCAGAGAUUGACGAUAAACCUGAACCCGCACUAGAACUAGAAAAGCCUAUUUUGCCAGAAGAAGACUCCAACCUUCCACCAUGGCGCCGUGGUAAGAAGCCACUAGAGAAGAAGUCUAUUCCUUCUCCAGCAGAACCGGAAAAGGUUGAACAGAUUAUGCUGAAGCCUACACCGCGUCAGAAGAAGGAGCUUCCCAAAGAAGCUGUCGAGGAAGUUUCUCUGAAGCCAGUUCCAAAGAAACCGGUAGUUGAGGAAAUAACUCCGAUUGAACCCGAGGAAAUAGAAGAAAAAACGAUUAAGAUCGUUAAGAAGAAAAAACCGAAGUCUGUGCCUCAAGAACAAGAGUCGUUCGAGAAGCUGGAAUUCACUCCAACAGAAGUUCCCGAAGCUGAAAAGAUGACGCUUCCUGAAAAAAUGGAUGAUGUUAAGCCCAAACAACCUGAACAAGAGCCGGAAAAGCCAAGCUGGCGUAGACAACAAAAGCCAAAGCCACAGGAAGAAGUUCCUGAGGAAAAACAAUGGCCCACCGGUAAGAGGCGUCCACUUCCAGAGGAGCCGAAGGAAGAAGUGGUUCUCAAGCCUAUUCCUCGACCAACGAAAGAGGAAGAGCCUAAGCUAACAGAGGAGCCUACCAUUAAACCGAAACCAAUCCCAGAGAUUGACGACAAACCUGAACCUGCACUAGAACUGGAAAAGCCUAUUUUGCCAGAAGAAGACUCCAACCUUCCACCAUGGCGUCGUGGUAAGAAGCCAACACCCAAACGAGAAAUUCCUGCUCCUGAACCAACGGCUUUGGAAACGGUUACACUUAAGCCAACUCCAAAGAGGGCUAAAGAACUGCCACAAGAAUCAUUGGAAGAGAUAUCAUUGAAACCUGUGCCACAAAAGUCGGAAAUCGAAAAUAUUCCGUCCGACACGUUGUCCGUUGCUGCAGUGAAGGAAAUUGUUCCAAAGAAGGUUAAAAAACCCAAACGAGUUGAUGAAGCAGAAUCUUUAGAAAAGUCAGUUUAUCCUGAAAUUCCGGAGCAAGAGGUUGUUCAACUAGAAACAACGGAGCACAUCCCUGAACAGUUGACCAAAGGACCGGAAACUGCUCCUGAGCAACCACCUUGGAGAAGAACUCCUAAACCGAAGCCAGCUGAAACGGAAGAGCUAGAAAAGAAAUGGCCCACGGGUAAACGACGUCCUCCAGCAGAAGAACCUAAGGAAGAGGUACUGUUGAAACCUAUUCCAAAACCCACUAAAGAGGUUGAACCAGAACCAGAACAACAAGUUACAUUCAAACCGAAGAAACCGGAAUCUGCACCAAAGGAGGAGGUGGCUGAAGCAACUCCAUGGCGUCGCGGAAAGAAAGAUAAACCACCAACCGAAGAAGAGGAGCCUAAGGAAUGGCCUAAAGGCAAGCGAAAGCCUCUGCUGGAAACUCCACAGGAGGAGGUAGUACUCAAACCAAUUCCUAAACCAUCGAAAGAAGAAACUCCAAAACCUAGCGAAGAACCAACAAUUAUUCAACGAGAACCUCAGCUUCCGGAGCCUGAACAACCGAAACCAGCACCUUGGCGUCGUGGACAGAAACCACUUCCCAAGGAGGAAGUUCCCAAGGAAGAAGUUACACUGAAACCAAUUCCGAAACGUGCUGAACCAGAGCAAACGGUGCAGGAGGAAGUCGUGUUGAAGCCUGUCUCCGCACAACAAGCACUGGUAGAAGAGGUGCCAGCUCCUCACGAACUACAACCCAUUCGUGAUGUGAAGAUCGAGGAAACCGUCAUGAAGAAGACGAAACGCAUAAAGAAACAAAUUAUUAAACCCAAGUUCCCCGCAGAGUCGGGUAUUGCCGAGGUAGAAGAAUCGAUAACAUUCGAGGAGCCCGAAGAACCGGCACAGGUGGCCGAGACAAUCGUCGACAUUGUGCCAGAGGAAGUGCUGGACCUUAUCCCUGAGUUAGCUCCGCGUGAAACGGCUAAGAAGCGAAAGUCACGCAACAAGAAGCACGUUGUGUUCAAGGAAGAACUCAGCACUUUUGCGAUGGAGCCCGAGGAUGAAGAGGAAGAGGACGAGGAAGAGGAAGAGCAAGUGCAGGAGAUUUCUAGAUCAAGCAUUACGCUUGUGCGUCCUGUUCCAGAGAGCAAACCAGUACCGACGCCCAUCGAAGAAGUUAAGAUGGAGGAACAAACUGAGUUCCGCAAAGAGCUGGAAGUUCGCGUACAAUCUAAUAUCGUCAAAAAGGAACGCCAGCGUCGAGUUUUCAUCGAUGAUAGUCAGCCAUUACCGGAGCUAGAAAUAAUUUCCCAAAAGCGUAUCCAAGAAGUAACGGAUAAGAUUGCCGAGGAAGAAAUCCGUGAGGAACGUCAGCUUAUCGAAACAACCCAACAGCAAGUCGCAGAGACAAAGAUUCAGGAGCGAACGGUGAAGAUUACUAAACCGAAAGUGCAGCCUCCUAAUAUUGUGGAGAAAUUGCAACCACAGAUCUGCGAGCCGGAUAAACCAGUUCAGCUGCGUUGCCGUAUCGAGGGUAUUCCAUUCCCAACGGUGAAGUGGUACUUCAACGAUACGGUUCUGUUUGCCAACUCUGAGUACUGCAUGAACGUGGUGGAGGAUGUGGCCACCUUGGAGAUCGCCACCGUGCAAACAUAUCACGUAGGGAUCUACACCUGCGAGGCCAAGAAUGUGGCUGGUGUGGCAAUCAGCAAGGCCAACAUCGUCGUACAGGAGAAACCAGAGCAUGGUGAGGCACCACGCUUUGUAGCUCCGCUGAAGAUCGAGCUGAAUGAACAGAAAACAGUCGCGACAGUGACGUGCCAAGUAGCGGGUAUUCCCACGCCGAAAGUACGCUGGCUACGUGAUGACGUCGAGAUCAUCGAGGAGGAAGAAGUAGAGAUCGAAACAUAUUACGAAGAACGCACUGGGCACGUCCGGCUAACGGUGAACCGACCCAAGCAGAACGUACCGGUCGUAUUUACCGUGGUGGCGGAGAACAAAUUCGGUAAAGCCGUGGGUAAGGCUAAUGUCUACAUUCAGUCGGUAGUGUUGGAGCGGGUAAAACCAUCCGCAGUUGCACCACAGAUCGUGCAACCAUUGGAGGCACAGGUUGUACGGACGGGCAGCACGCUUGUGUUCGAAUGUCGAUACACCGGGCUUCCAAAGCCCACAGUUAAGUGGUUCCGUAAUAGCAAAGAAAUCGUUGAAGAAGAGGAGGAAGUCAUCAUCGUCACCGAGGAGUACUACAGCCGACUGGAAAUUCGUCGUGUGACACGACAAAGAGGUGGCAAGUACGAGAUCACCGUCACAAACGAGGCCGGACAGGCGAAGUCAUCUGCGUCCGUUGCCAUCUCUGAUGCCACCGAUACUGAAGAAGCCAAGGCGCCGCGGUUCAUCGAACCGUUAGUGCCGAAGCUGAUUGCCGAAGCGGAGGUUUGCAUAUUGGAAGCUUCGGUCGAAAGCUAUCCUACCUCAACGUUCCAGUGGUUCAAAGAGGGUACCGCGAUCCAAUCAACCAAUGAACAACGCAUCGUCACGAAGGAGAAUCGCUCGAUUCUGAUUAUUGAGUCGUUCACCCGCAGAGACACGGCCGCGUACACGUGCCGGGCGGAGAAUGUGGCCGGUUCGGUAACCUCCACUGCAACCGUCCAAACGCUGGACACCAUCGAAACUGAGGAGAUUACCGAAUACAUAUCACCGCGGUUUUUGGAGACAAUCAAACCGACGCGUGUUAUGGAUGGAGAACGAUUAACGCUCGAGUGCCAGGUGGUGGCGAUGCCGCUGCCCAAGGUUCACUGGUACCACAACGCGCAGCUGAUCCGAGAAACGAAGGACAAACAGGUACAGCAAGACUCCACUGGACGCUGUGUGCUGACAAUUAGUGAAGUAUUCCCGGAGGAUAAGGGUGAGUAUACGUGCGUGGCCAGCAAUAAGAUCGGCGAGGCCAUAUGUCGUGCUACAGUCAACGUGGAGCCGUUCGAGUAUGUGCCCGACUCGGAGCAGUUCCGCAGCUCAGAAGAAGAUUUGUUGACAGAUAAGUCUAUUUCAACACUCGAAGAGUACGCGGAACCGAUCGAGUAUGCGCCGCAGAUUGUCAAGAAACUGCCCACGAUCAUACAGACCCAGGAACGCGAGUUGACCAAGCUCGAGGUGAAGGUACUCGCCCAUCCGAAGCCACAGAUUCGCUGGCUAAAGGCAGGCGAGGAGAUUAUCCCAUCGGAGGAGUUCCAAAUUGAGAACUUUGACGAUGGCACCUCCAUACUCAUCAUCAAUGACAUCUAUCCAGAUGACUCGGGAGAAAUUACGUUCGAAGCACACAACGCGCUAGGAGUGGCGAUGACAACUGCCGAAUUGGUAGUCGAAGAAAUUGUCGGAACCAAAGCGUAUCGUAAACCGGAAUGGGUGCAACAUAUGGAGGAACUGAAGGAAGCAUUGCAAGAAACACCUGAUCUCAGAGAAGACGUUCGUAGCACCAGCAGCAACACUGCGAUUACAACCAUCACCACGAACAACACCACUGUCACGAAGAAAAAACACAAGAAACUUCGCUCCGACAGGAGGCAACAGCACAAACACGAAGAAGAGACAGAGAUUGUCGACAGCGAAGAGUCUAUCGAGGAACGCAGGCGCCUGUCGCAACAACGUCGCAAACAACCCCUGCACCCACUGCGGCCUCUGUUGCCCGGCGAGGAGCAAGUCGUGGAAGAGUUUGCUCCCGAUUUUCUUAGCUCCCCCUUACGAGAAGCGCACAGCCUCCCGCUCGAGGUAGCUUCCGUAACGAGCGAGUCGACCGUGUUGAGUCAGGUGUCGAAUCUGAUCGAGCCUGAGACUGCCGCCGGCACUAGUGCUACGGUAAAGGUCGUGCCGGAAACGGCCUUGGUUACUGAGGAGAUCUUUUUGUCCGAGCGUGAGUCUGACACGAUGCUGUUGGACAGUACACGCCUGGCGACUAGUCCGCACUACAAGCUGUUCGGUUUGAAUGAGCCGGUUCAGGUUUCCGAGGUGAGUCUGCAGGAAAGUUCGCUAGACCAGAGCUCGGCUGCAAUGCCACAGGAGGCUUUAGCUACAGCUGAUUUCGUGCCCGUGCAACCGCUCGUUGUAAGCGAGUCUACACCGCAAGAUUCUACAGCAGUGUUGGAGAAAAUAGUCGAGAAUGUUAGCAGUGCUACGUUGCGGCUUUUGACACACGAUGCUACGAUUGUGCAAGAAACCGUAUCGGCUCAGUCGGAGCGGAUAUUACCGGUUCUGCAACGUCCAACGCCUAGCCACGCCUCCUCGAACAUACUGUCGAAGGAAUCCCUUCAAGUAACGGAAGUAAGCCGUAUUGAUAAGGAAGAAACAUUCGACGGGCAUAUAAAACUUCCCUCCGUACAACCACACUACCAGAUACUUCCUUCGGAAUCCAUACAGACCGAAGAGACCAUAACGCAGGAUGCACCAAGCCGUUACUAUCCGGAGCUAGUCGUACCGACCGAAAGUGCCCGUCCUGCGAUCGUCGAGCAAAAGUCCUACACAACCGAGGUCAUGAACGCACCGGAAAAAGAGGACACAUAUCAACCGGGACGUUUACCGCCCCAGCAAUGGGCCGAUGUACAGCUCCUUACUAAAGAGCCGCUGUCUGUAACAGCACAACAAAUUGAAGAGUCCGAGGUUGAGUUUUCAGCUGCACCGAAGAUAAAUUCCUACCAAGCAACCGAUUCCGUUGCAAUGUUCGAGAACCAACUCACAACGCAACUGGUUAACGACAAUCUCACUGCCCUAGAUUUCGAGGCUCAACCGUUUGAGUCCAAGCGGGCAAAUGUGGAGUUCCUCGAGCGUACGAGUGUGUCUGUGUCGAAGGUACUGAGCAAUGAAGCAGAAGCAUCUCUAGCUCCGUUCGAAUUGACAGAUUCUGCAAUGGCAUAUACUACCCUAACCGCCCUCAAACCUGUAAGCGAAUCAACUCUACAGUUUAUUCACGAGAAGGAAACUCUACACCAGGGAGCUCCUCGGCCAAACGAAGCUAUUGCUGCCACGCUUCUCGAGCCUAUCGAGAACCUUGCAGUAACUGAAAUAGAGACAGCCGAUACUCACGGUCGGUUUUCGCCGGAAGCUGUGGAUCGUUCAGAGCAAGCGUCCGCCAGCUUUGUACCCGUGCAGUCGCACACUGUCGCGACGGUAGAUACGAAUGAAAAGGAAGCUGAGCUACCGACCAAAAUGCAAAUACCUUCGGCCGUUGCUGAGACACAGCUUAAUCUACAACACCAGCUCGAGGUUGUGCAACACGAAACAGAAGAGCGAGAGUUCGCUUUCCAGCCACAGCCAAUGCCAGGUGAUCAGGUGUUAAAACCAACUGCUCCUGAUAGUUUGAAGUCAGUGCUAGUGCAGGAAACAAUUGCCAACGUGUCUACAACUGAGCUACAGCAUGUCACUCCAUCGUCCCAGCUGGCACGUGUAAUACGUUCCGGUGAGCACGAGGAGAAAAUAGUGUCCGAAACUACCAUCUAUGAAACACUCCGAUCACAGGAGGAAAUGGUAAAGCCGGAGGCGAAGACAGCAGAACUGCAACUGCCCAGUUUGGCAAGUGAACUUAUUGUGACUGAGGUUAUCAGUGGCCAAAUGGCGAGUGAUGAAAUCAAAUUGCAGGAGUUGGCAAAGAAUCAAACGCUUAAACCAAUUCCAACCCACUCGCUUAAGACGGUUCUUGUUGAGGAAACGGUAACCAGUGAAGGAGUGGACCGUUUAGAUGUACAGCAACCACAAGGCACCAGCCAGGCUAGCUUGAAGGGUGACGAACUCGAGGAAACCAUUGUAUCAGAAACGAUUAUACUUGAAGGUACACUUCAAUAUACGGCACCUGAAAUACCCGCACAGAAGACCGCCAUUACAAACGUUGAGCGUCCCGUCGAAGGGCUAACUGUGACGGAAGUCAUUUCGGAGCAGCGUGAGCAGGAAGAUACCAUAAAACCUGCUAAAGAUCGCUCGGCGAAGGCUGUUCCAGCUGAAUCGCUCAAAUCCGUGCUCAUCGAAGAGGUGCAGAUAUCGAGCCGUGCUGAAACACUGGAAACCUCCAAAAUGCAAAUUUCCGAAGCAAUUGUCAAGAUUGGAGAUUCGCUGGAGCAGACUUUGGUACAGGAGCAACUAGUCCUGGAAGACGUUAGCAGGCUUAAAAAAGAUAUGAAACCCGAACAAAAGCAAGCCGAAACACUUUUGCAGCCUUGCACGGAGCUCACCAUCACGGAGGUGAUCGCUGAAGAUCGCGAACGGGAAGGUUUCGAUGUGGCUGAAAUAGCAAAAGAUCACACUGCACGUUCCGUACCAACACAUACACUUAAAUCCAUACAGGUGCAGACGACUGAAACGGUCGAUUCUGUGGACAGCAUUGUUGCACCUGUAAUCACAGAGUCGCUUGCUGUAUUGCAACGUGAUCAACUAGAGGAAAAGAUUGUUAGUGAGCAGCUCGUUCUAGAAGCAGUGAACCAGUACGAACAUGAAACUGUCUCCAUGCGUCAAGCUGUUCCAGCACUUGAACCUAACACACCAAUAACCGUUACUGAAGUGAUGAUCGAACAGAAGGAACAAGACAAGGUUGAACAAAUGGUCGCCAUAGAUGCACACGCUCAGUCCAUACCAACACAUACGCUAAAAUCGGUUACAGUGGUACAGGUUGAAACGGUCGAAAGUCUGGACAAGAUGGACCAGCCCGUGUCAGUUGAAAGCAUGGCAAACGUGCGCAGCGAUCAGCUCGAGCAAACGAUGGUUUCGGAAACUAUCGCGUACGAAGCGACAGCUGGCAUGGCGGAAGUGGUUAAACCGACGGAGAAGCUGGCAGAUUUAACAGUGAUUCCAAUAAAUGAAUUACUCAUUAGUGAAACUGUGCCUGAACAGAAGGAAAAAGAAGGGUUCAGUGUGGCAGAAAUUGCUCAAGAUUACGUUGCCAAACAGGUACCGUCACAUUCACUCAAGUCGGUGCUCGUUGAGGAAACUAUUGCUAAUGAAGAUGCAUCACAACUUAGCCAACUGACUGCCAAUGUGACCAGGGCAAUAGCACAAAGCGACGAGCAGGAACAAACUACCGUGUCUGAAACGAUUGCGUUUGAAGAAACGCCAGUGUUGGAAGUGACUCCUAAGCCAACGCCCAAAUCGGCUGAGUCUCUAUACGAACCACAGAUCGGAGUGAUCGUGACAGAAAUCAACACGGGACAAAAAGAGCGCGAAGGUUACAAUGUGGCCGAGCUUGCCCAAGAUCACACGGCAACGCCAGUUGCUGGACAUGCGCUCAAGACGGUAACGAUCGAAGAAGUAUCCGUUUCCGACACAAUCGAUCAGUUCAAGUCUGCUCAGCAAAUGCUCAGUUCAGCUUCCGUGCGUAGCGAACAGUACGAACAGACAACGGUGCAGGAAACGACUGUCUACGAAGGAUCGGAGCACUUGCCGGUGGAUGAGAUACCAACAGCGAAGUCUGCCGAUCGUUCCUUCGUACCUAAUGCCGAACUGAUCGUAACAGAAAUUGUAAGCGAACAAAAAGAGCGUGAAGGCUACAACGUGGCUGAACUGGCAAGAGAUCAUAUGGCAACAAAGACCGUAACGUCACACUCACUCAAAUCCGUAACGGUUCAGGAAACGCUGAUAGAAGAACAUGUUGACAAGCUACAAGACGAUCAAACGGUUGAAGUUACAUCCGCUAAUUACACGGACGACAAGCUGGAGGAGACAGUAGUGCGCGAGCCACUUGUGCUGGAAUCUAUCGACAACUACACGAUGGACUUCACGCCGUCCGAAAAGCAAGCACUUCCGAAUGUUACACCAAUGAGUGAGCUGCUUGUGACGGAGGUAGUGGUGGAACAGAAGGAAAAGGAAGGCUACUCGGUGCAGGAUAUAGCACAAGAGCACGUUGUUAAAAUGCUUCCAUCACACACUCUCAAAUCGGUCAUCGUGGAAGAGGUGCAGACAUCGGACGUUGUUGGAGAUGUUGAGGAGCUACGAUCGAUACAUCUCACAGCGAACGUACGCAAGGAACAGCUAGAAUCGCAAACUACCACGGAACAGCUCGUACUCGAGGGUAUCGAGAAGCUUGAUGAACAACAGAAACCUACUCACAAGUCCGCCACUUCCAAUAUUGAAGCCAUCAGUGAGCUCCUCGUCACGGAAGUCGUUACCGAACAGAAAGAACAAGAAGGUUACGAUGUACAGCAGAUCGCGAGCAAUUACAACGCAAAGGAAGUUCCAUCGCACACGCUACGAUCGGCACUCAUCGAAGAAACUCUGCCGAUAGACGAUGUCAAGCAGUUCCUUGAAACUCCCUUCACGUCCCACGCAAAACCGCUGACGGACGAGAGAGAGGAACGUGUCAUAGCGGAAACAGUCGUGCUGGAGAAUGUGGACACUCUUGAACAAAUGAUACAGCCGGCGAUGAAGCAUGCUGAAGCUGUUGUGCCGUACCAGACCGAGUUGCUGGUGACGGAAGUGAUUUCGGAACAGAAGGAAAAAGAAGGAUAUAGCGUGGCAGACCUACUGGAACAACAGUCGGCAAAAACGGUGUCCACCGAGCCGUUUAAAUCAAUCACGGUAGAAGAAGUGUUUCUUUCUAGUGGUACCGGCAAUAUUGAGGCCAAAGAAAUAAUAUCCACCACGCUUGCAACCGUGCGCAGUGAUGAACGUCAAGAAACCACCAUUUCCGAACAGGUCGUGUUAGAAGCAACUGCUCGUUUCGAGCAGCAAACGCGACCAGAAGAAAAAACUGCACUCUCCUCGAUGCAGCCUCGCGAAGAGUUGAUUGUUACGGAGGUGGUAUGUGAGCAGAAAGAGUCGGAAGGCUUCGAUGUGCAUGAAAUUGCUAGCGGUUACUCGGCGCACCUUGUUCCAUCGCAGAUCCUCAAGUCGCUUGCGGUGGAGCAGGUUCAACUAGUUGAGAUGCCUGGUGAGAUAAAGGACGUAUCAACUGCUGAGAGUCGUGCUUUGGUAAAUAAAUUGGAGCAUGAGCAAAAAACCGUGCAAGAGACCAUGGUUUACGAGAUGGCAUCGGAGAAACCAACUGAUCAGGCGCCAGAACGAAAGCUUGCUAACGUUGAUGUGCAACCGGUGCAGGAACUAGUGGUCACCGAGGUAGUUGCCGAACACAAGGAAAGAGAAGGUUUCGAUAUGCAAGAAAUUGCGAAGGACUACACGGCACUUCUUACUACAGCCGGUUUAUUGAAAUCCGUUGCAAUCGAAGAGGUGCAUUCAUCGGAUGCCCUCGAUGAACUGCGUACAGCUAUGCCCACAGCUACGGCUACUCCACAAACGGACAGCUUGCAAGAAACGAUCAAGUCGGAAACUACAAUACUCGAAGGCAUCGCCAAUUGGAUGCCAGACGAUCGCCCGACUGGAAAAACGGCAACAACAGCCGUUUUGCCGAAUGCAGAAUUGCAGAUAACUGAGGUUGUUGUUGAACAGCGAGAAAAGGAAGGGUACGACUUGAAAGCCAUCACGAAAGAUUUCCAUGCUCAAGCCCUUUCGGGCGCUGAACCGAUGAGGUCCAUUAUAGUAGAAGAAGUGCAUGUGAGCCAUGACACGCCACACAUGACUACGAAAUCUGGCCAAAAGCAAGAGGCUACUACGAUCAAAGAUCAGUACGAACAAACUAUCGUAAGUGAAACGUUGGUUUACGAAGAUUUAGCACAGCAGCAGGAACUACUAGCUCCGGAAGAACACCGCGCGGCUACGAGCUUGGACGCAGUAACUGGAGUAACUAUAACCGAAGUUAUCACAGAACAGAAAGCGAAGGAAGGCGUUGAUGUCACUGCAAUUGAGAGUCACACAGCGAAACUUGUGCCGAGUGACGCUUUGAAGUCUCUCACAGUGGAACAAGUGGAGACGCUGCAAAGUGCAACUGAUGUACAACGAGAUCAAACACGAAAAUCAAAGGCACUUAUCAAGAGCGACACCAUCGAUGAAACGACUAUCAUUGAGACAUUAGUUUUGGAGAACAUAACCGAGUACAAACAGAAUCUUGAACUCAAUGAGCAAACGGCAAAGACGCUGUCAGACGAAACAAUUAAGAGAUCUCUUCUUGUGGAGCAGGUAUUAACAUUACAAGAACCGAAUUCGCUUUUGUCUGAUUAUGCUAAACCUACGGAAGCCCACUUCUCAUCAGAACAAAAUCUCCAAACUACCGUGGAACAAAUAACCGUAUUCGAGGGAGCAGAGCAGCUGACAGCAACACUGCCUAUGGAUAAAAAGUAUCCCAGACUCGACAUGCAAGCACUUGAGCUACCCGUUCAAAGUACAGUCGAUGUAUCGGUUGCUUUGAGUAACUUAGCGCUAAAUCAAGAGAACGUGGCUAAUGUAAAGCCGAGCCUCACAGAACAGCUUCCUGCGGCAUUCACUACGGAAACCGUGAGCCAAGACUCGUGCAGUAAACUAUUCACACCGAAGGAAACCACCGCUCAACAGGCAACACGUACCGUAUCUAAUUUGUUUGUAUCGACUACAACCGAAACAGUGCUAGGCGAGGGUCUAGAUAGGUCCGAUUUCAGUCUACAGUCAGAGACCCAAACUGCGUCUAUGAAAUUUACCGAUAUGACAGUUGUACCCCUGCAAUCUGAACCACUCACAUCCGAUACGGCACAGCUACUCGAAGAAACCGUGCAGCCACGUAAGUUUGCCUUCGAGACGAUGGAGGAAGGUUUGAGGGCACCUGAAUGUUUAGAAGUAGCUAGUAAUGAACAGAACGACGUUGCCGUGGACUUUGAAGCGUCUGGCAGACGGGCGUCUGUUACCUUUAUCACUAACCAAACGGUCAAUGUUUCCGAAACGACUCUCGGCGAGUGCACAGAUCGGAUCGAGCUUGCCCAAGAGCCAGAACAACGGUUCGCAAGAUUGACGGAAUCUGCUCUGCUCACGUACGAGGAGUGUCGUCCUGUGAUAACAGAGGAUCACACUGGCCACAAAACACGCACCAUUACAUCACAGAGCAGACAGAUCACAAGUCAAGCAACCACAGAACAAGAAGAACAAAUUUCACUCACUGAAACAACACAAAACACACAUAUUACACAGCAAAAGCAAACACUACAAACAACACCAGUCGAAGUGAAAAUAACUCAGGAAGUUAUUGAUGACGGACACAUAAAAAAAACAGAAAUGAAAAGGCGUGUUAUCGAAAAAACUGUCGAUGACAAAGAGCAAAUAACCGAAUCUAUUCAAGAAAACGGAAAGGCACCAAUGACAACGGUGACCAUAUCCAAAAACGACCAUCAAACUGUAAAUGUUGAUCAAGAGGGAUUGAAGCCUCUCGAAGCCGUUGUGGAUGAGUAUCCGGAACCGUUGGAGGCUACUCUCAGAACGAAGACUACCAAGGUUAUCAAGAAAAAGGUCAAGAAGCUCAAGCAGGGUGAGUCCACUAGCGAAGAUGUGCCUCAGGAAGAGGUGACCGAAUUGACUCUUGAACAGGCUCCAUUGGAACAGCCAGUUAUUGAAGAGCUUCCAGAACAUGUCGAGGUUGUUGAAACCGUCACCAAAGAAGGAAAGCCCAAGAAACAAGUCACCAAAACUAAGGUCAUCAAGAAGAAGACGGCUGGCAAGGUCGAGGAGGUAAAAAUUGUCACCGUACAAGAGGAUGACCAGGUACCAGAGACCACGGUUACGAUGACAGAAGAGGAAACUGUUCCUGAAACAACAAUAACCACAUCCGAUGAGACUCCUACUGUCGAACUGGUCAAACCUAAGAAAAAGAAGGUUAAGACCAUCAAAAAGAAGGGUGAAGAUACUGACCAUAUUGUCCAGAAGCUCCUGAACCUGGAAAUCAAGAGCACUGAGCCAGAACAAUAUCCACAGCUCGAUGAGGAAGCCUCCAUUCUACCCAUUGUGCCUUCAUCUAUCGGGGAAGCUCUGGAAAUUGAAGAGCUUCCUGAAGAGGUGAAAGUGACUGAAGUCAUCACUAGAACUGGUCAAGCCAAGAAGCAGAUCACAAAAAAGAAAACCAUCAAGAAACGCGUUGGCCAGAAGGAGGAACUCAUCGAAGUUGUCACUGUUCAGCAAGACGACAUGGCUCCAGAAACUACCCUCACUGUCACCGAGGAGGAUGUUCCCGAUUCAAAGCCUACAGAAGCGACACUCAAGCCCAAAAAGAAGAAAAUCAAGACUAUCAAGACCACCGACGACUCUGACGAUAUCAUUGAGCGACUCCUUGAUCUGGAGGUUCAUAAAACCGAGCUCGAACAGUACGAGAAGGUCGACGUUGACUUGCUCAAGCGAAUGCGUCCUGUAGAGGAAACAACUAUCGAGGAGCAUCCUGACGUCGUCGAAGAAGUUCGAUCUGAUACAGGCGUAGUCAAGAAGAAAAUCGUCAAAAAGAAGGUUAUCAAAAAACGUGUCGGACCCAAGGAAGAGGUAACCGAGGAAGUUACUAUUCAGGAAGAUGGCAAGCAGCCAGAAACAACCGUCACCGUCAGCGAACAUGAAGUACCUUACGAAGUUACUGAGCCUUUCGAAGAGGAGUUGAAGCCUCUCGAAGCCGUUGUGGAUGAGUAUCCGGAACCGUUGGAGGCUACUUUCAGAACGAAGACUACCAAGGUUAUCAAGAAAAAGGUCAAGAAGCUCAAGCAGGGUGAGCCCACUAGCGAAGAUGUGCCUCAGGAAGAGGUGACCGAGUUAACGCUUGAACAGGCUCCAUUGGAACAGCCAGUUAUUGAAGAGCUUCCAGAACAUGUCGAGGUUGUUGAAACUGUCACCAAAGAAGGAAAGCCCAAGAAACAAGUCACCAAAACUAAGGUCAUCAAGAAGAAGACGGCUGGCAAGGUCGAGGAGGUAAAAAUUGUCACCGUACAAGAGGAUGACCAGGUACCAGAGACCACGGUUACGAUGACAGAAGAGGAAACUGUUCCUGAAACAACAAUAACCACAUCCGAUGAGACUCCUACUGUCGAACUGGUCAAACCUAAGAAAAAGAAGGUUAAGACCAUCAAAAAGAAGGGUGAAGAUACUGACCAUAUUGUCCAGAAGCUCCUGAACCUGGAAAUCAUGAGCACUGAGCCAGAACAAUAUCCACAGCUCGAUGAGGAAGCCUCCAUUCUACCCAUUGUGCCUUCACCUAUCGUGGAAGCUCUAGAAAUUGAAGAGCUUCCUGAAGAGGUGAAAAUGACUGAAGUCAUCACUAGAACUGGUCAAGCCAAGAAGCAGAUCACAAAAAAGAAAACCAUUAAGAAACGCAUUGGCCAGAAGGAGGAACUCAUCGAAGUUGUCACUGUUCAGCAAGACGACAUGGCUCCAGAAACCACCAUCACUGUCACCGAGGAGGAUGUUCCCGAUUCAAAGCCUACAGAUGCGACACUCAAGCCCAAAAAGAAGAAGAUCAAGACUAUCAAGACCACCCAUGACUCUGACGAUAUCAUUGAGCGACUCCUUAAUCUGGAGGUUCAUAAAACCGAGCUCGAACAGUACGAGAAGGUCGACGUUGACUUGCCAAAGCGCAUGCGUCCUGUAGAGGAAACAACUAUCGAGGAGCAUCCUGACGUCGUCGAAGAAGUUCGAUCUGAUACAGGCGUAGUCAAGAAGAAGAUCGUCAAAAAGAAGGUUAUCAAAAAACGCGUCGGACCCAAGGAAGAGGUGAUCGAGGAAGUUACUAUUCAGGAAGAUGGCAAGCAACCAGAAACAACCGUCACCGUCAGCGAACAUGAAGUACCUUACGAAGUUACUGAGCCUUUCGAAGAGGAGUUGAACCCUCUCGAAGCCGUUGUGGAUGAGUAUCCGGAACCGUUGGAGGCUACUCUCAGAACGAAGACUACCAAGGUUAUCAAGAAAAAGGUCAAGAAGCUCAAGCAGGGUGAGCCCACUAGCGAAGAUGUGCCUCAGGAAGAGGUGACCGAAUUAACGCUUGAACAGGCUCCAUUGGAACAGCCAGUUAUUGAAGAGCUUCCAGAACAUGUCGAGGUUGUUGAAACCGUCACCAACGAAGGAAAACCCAAGAAACAAGUUACCAAAACUAAGGUCAUCAAGAAGAAGACGGCUGGCAAGGUCGAGGAGGUAAAAAUUGUCACUGUACAAGAGGAUGACCAGGUACCAGAGACCACGGUUACGAUGACAGAAGAGGAAACGGUUCCUGAAACAACAAUAACCACAUCCGAUGAGACUCCUACUGUCGAAGUGGUCAAACCUAAGAAAAAGAAGGUUAAGACCAUCAAAAAGAAGGGUGAAGAUACUGACCAUAUUGUCCAGAAGCUCCUGAACCUGGAAAUCAAGAGCACUGAGCCAGAACAAUAUCCACAGCUCGAUGAGGAAGCCUCCAUUCUACCCAUUGUGCCUUCACCUAUCGUGGAAGAUCUGGAAAUUGAAGAGCUUCCUGAAGAGGUGAAAGUGACUGAAGUCAUCACUAGAACUGGUCAAGCCAAGAAGCAGAUCACAAAAAAGAAAACCAUCAAGAAACGCGUUGGCCAGAAGGAGGAACUCAUCGAAGUUGUCACUGUUCAGCAAGACGACAUGGCUCCAGAAACUACCAUCACUGUCACCGAGGAGGAUGUUCCCGAUUCAAAGCCUACAGAUGCGACACUCAAGCCCAAAAAGAAGAAGGUCAAGACAAUCAAGACCACCGAUGACUCUGACGAUAUCAUUGAGCGACUCCUUAAUCUGGAGGUUCAUAAAACCGAGCUCGAACAGUACGAGAAGGUCGACGUUGACUUGCCAAAGCGCAUGCGUCCUGUAGAGGAAACAACUAUCGAGGAGCAUCCUGACGUCGUCGAAGAAGUCAGAUCUGAUUCAGGCGUAGUGAAGAAGAAGAUCGUCAAAAAGAAGGUUAUCAAAAAACGCGUCGGACCCAAGGAAGAGGUGACCGAGGAAGUUACUAUUCAGGAAGAUGGCAAGCAGCCAGAAACAACCGUCAUCGUCAGCGAGCAUGAAGUACCUUACGAAGUUACUGAGCCUUUCGAAGAGGAGUUGAACCCUCUCGAAGCCGUUGUGGAUGAGUAUCCGGAACCGUUGGAGGCUACUCUCAGAACGAAGACUACCAAGGUUAUCAAGAAAAAGGUCAAGAAGCUCAAGCAGGGUGAGCCCACUAGCGAAGAUGUGCCUCAGGAAGAGGUGACCGAAUUAACGCUUGAACAGGCUCCAUUGGAACAGCCAGUUAUUGAAGAGCUUCCAGAACAUGUCGAGGUUGUUGAAACCGUCACCAAGGAAGGAAAACCCAAGAAACAAGUUACCAAAACUAAGGUCAUCAAGAAGAAGACGGCUGGCAAGGUCGAGGAGGUAAAAAUUGUCACUGUACAAGAGGAUGACCAGGUACCAGAGACCACAGUUACGAUGACAGAAGAGGAAACGGUUCCUGAAACAACAAUAACCACAUCCGAUGAGACUCCUACUGUCGAACUGGUCAAACCUAAGAAAAAGAAGGUUAAGACCAUCAAAAAGAAGGGUGAAGAUACUGACCAUAUUGUCCAGAAGCUACUGAACCUGGAAAUCAAGAGCACUGAGCCAGAACAAUAUCCACAGCUCGAUGAGGAAGCCUCCAUUCUACCCAUUGUGCCUUCACCUAUCGUGGAAGAUCUGGAAAUUGAAGAGCUUCCUGAAGAGGUGAAAAUGACUGAAGUCAUCACUAGAAAUGGUCAAGCCAAGAAGCAGAUCAUAAAAAAGAAAACCAUCAAGAAACGCAUUGGCCAAAAGGAGGAACUCAUCGAAGUUGUCACUGUUCAGCAAGACGACAUGGCUCCAGAAACCACCAUCACUGUCACCGAGGAGGAUGUUCCCGAUUCAAAGCCUACAGAUGCGACACUCAAGCCCAAAAAGAAGAAGAUCAAGACUAUCAAGACCACCGAUGACUCUGACGAUAUCAUUGAGCGACUCCUUAAUCUGGAGGUUCAUAAAACCGAGCUCGAACAGUACGAGAAGAUCGACGUUGACUUGCCAAAGCGCAUGCGUCCUGUAGAGGAAACAACUAUCGAGGAACAUCCUGACGUCGUCGAAGAAGUUCGAUCUGAUACAGGCGUAGUCAAGAAGAAAAUCGUCAAAAAGAAGGUUAUCAAAAAACGUGUCGGACCCAAGGAAGAGGUAACCGAGGAAGUUACUAUUCAGAAAGAUGGCAAGCAGCCAGAAACAACCGUCACCGUCAGCGAGCAUGAAGUACCUUACGAAGUUACUGAGCCUUUCGAAGAGGAGUUGAAGCCUCUCGAAGCCGUUGUGGAUGAGUAUCCGGAACCGUUGGAGGCUACUUUCAGAACCAAAACUACCAAGGUUAUCAAGAAAAAGGUCAAGAAGCUCAAGCAGGGUGAGCCCACUAGCGAAGAUGUGCCUCAGGUUGAGGUGACCGAAUUGACGUUUGAACAGGCUCCAUUGGAACAACCAGUUAUUGAAGAGCUUCCAGAACAUGUCGAGGUUGUGGAAACCGUCACCAACGAAGGAAAACCCAAGAAACAAGUCACCAAAACUAAGGUCAUCAAGAAGAAGACGGCUGGCAAGGUCGAGGAGGUAAAAAUUGUCACUGUACAAGAGGAUGACCAGGUACCAGAGACCACGGUUACGAUGACAGAAGAGGAAACGGUUCCUGAAACAACAAUAACCACAUCCGAUGAGACUCCUACUGUCGAACUGGUCAAACCUAAGAAAAAGAAGGUUAAGACCAUCAAAAAGAAGGGUGAAGAUACUGACCAUAUUGUCCAGAAGCUCCUGAACCUGGAAAUCAAGAGCACUGAGCCAGAACAAUAUCCACAGCUCGAUGAGGAAGCCUCCAUUCUACCCAUUGUGCCUUCACCUAUCGUGGAAGCUCUGGAAAUUGAAGAGCUUCCUGAAGAGGUGAAAGUGACUGAAGUCAUCACUAGAACUGGUCAAGCCAAGAAGCAGAUCACAAAAAAGAAAACCAUCAAGAAACGCGUUGGCCAGAAGGAGGAACUCAUCGAAGUUGUCACUCUUCAGCAAGACGACAUGGCUCCAGAAACUACCAUCACUGUCACCGAGGAGGAUGUUCCCGAUUCAAAGCCUACAGAAGCGACACUCAAGCCCAAAAAGAAGAAGGUCAAGACAAUCAAGACCACCGAUGACUCUGACGAUAUCAUUGAGCGACUCCUUAAUCUGGAGGUUCAUAAAACCGAGCUCGAACAGUACGAGAAGGUCGACGUUGACUUGCCAAAGCGAAUGCGUCCUGUAGAGGAAACAACUAUCGAGGAGCAUCCUGACGUCGUCGAAGAAGUUCGAUCUGAUUCAGGCGUAGUCACGAAGAAGAUCGUCAAAAAGAAGGUUAUCAAAAAACGCGUCGGACCCAAGGAAGAGGUGACCGAGGAAGUUACUAUUCAGGAAGAUGGCAAGCAGCCAGAAACAACCGUCAUCGUCAGCGAGCAUGAAGUACCUUACGAAGUUACUGAGCCUUUCGAAGAGGAGUUGAAGCCUCUCGAAGCCGUUGUGGAUGAGUAUCCGGAACCGUUGGAGGCUACUUUCAGAACGAAAACUACCAAGGUUAUCAAGAAAAAGGUCAAGAAGCUCAAGCAGGGUGAGCCCACUAGCGAAGAUGUGCCUCAGGAAGAGGUGACCGAAUUAACGCUUGAACAGGCUCCAUUGGAACAGCCAGUUAUUGAAGAGCUUCCAGAACAUGUCGAGGUUGUUGAAACCAUCACCAAGGAAGGAAAGCCCAAGAAACAAGUCACCAAAACCAAAGUCAUCAAGAAGAAGACGGCUGGCAAGGUCGAGGAGGUAAAAAUUGUCACCGUACAAGAGGAUGAACAGGUACCAGAGACCACGGUUACGAUGACAGAAGAGGAAACUGUUCCUGAAACAACAAUAACCACAUCCGAUGAGACUCCUACUGUCGAACUGGUCAAACCUAAGAAAAAGAAGGUUAAGACCAUCAAAAAGAAGGGUGAAGAUACUGACCAUAUUGUCCAGAAGCUCCUGAACCUGGAAAUCAUGAGCACUGAGCCAGAACAAUAUCCACAGCUCGAUGAGGAAGCCUCCAUUCUACCCAUUGUGCCUUCACCUAUCGUGGAAGCUCUGGAAAUUGAAGAGCUUCCUGAAGAGGUGAAAGUGACUGAAGUCAUCACUAGAACUGGUCAAGCUAAGAAGCAGAUCACAAAAAAGAAAACCAUCAAGAAACGCAUUGGCCAAAAGGAGGAACUCAUCGAAGUUGUCACUCUUCAGCAAGACGACAUGGCUCCAGAAACUACCAUCACUGUCACCGAGGAGGAUGUUCCCGAUUCAAAGCCUACAGAAGCGACACUCAAGCCCAAAAAGAAGAAGGUCAAGACAAUCAAGACCACCGAUGACUCUGACGAUAUCAUUGAGCGACUCCUUAAUCUGGAGGUUCAUAAAACCGAGCUCGAACAGUACGAGAAGGUCGACGUUGACUUGCCAAAGCGCAUGCGUCCUGUAGAGGAAACAACUAUCGAGGAGCAUCCUGACGUCGUCGAAGAAGUUCGAUCUGAUUCAGGCGUAGUCACGAAGAAGAUCGUCAAAAAGAAGGUUAUCAAAAAACGCGUCGGACCCAAGGAAGAGGUGACCGAGGAAGUUACUAUUCAGGAAGAUGGCAAGCAACCAGAAACAACCGUCACCGUCAGCGAACAUGAAGUACCUUACGAAGUUACUGAGCCUUUUGAAGAGGAGUUGAAGCCUCUCGAAGCCGUUGUGGAUGAGUAUCCGGAACCGUUGGAGGCUACUCUCAGAACGAAGACUACCAAGGUUAUCAAGAAAAAGGUCAAGAAGCUCAAGCAGGGUGAGCCCACUAGCGAAGAUGUGCCUCAGGAAGAGGUGACCGAAUUAACGCUUGAACAGGCUCCAUUGGAACAGCCAGUUAUUGAAGAGCUUCCAGAACAUGUCGAGGUUGUUGAAACCGUCACCAACGAAGGAAAACCCAAGAAACAAGUCACCAAAACCAAGGUCAUCAAGAAGAAGACGGCUGGCAAGGUCGAGGAGGUAAAAAUUGUCACUGUACAAGAGGAUGACCAGGUACCAGAGACCACAGUUACGAUUACAGAAGAGGAAACGGUUCCUGAAACAUCCGAUGAUGUUCCUACUGUCGAGGUGGCCAAACCUAAGAAAAAGAAGGUUAAGACCAUCAAAAGGAAGGGUGCAGACACUGAUAACAUAGUUCAAGAACUUCUCGAUUCAAACGAUUUGAUAUCUGUAACUGAACCAUUAAAUCAGCCUUUGAUCGAAGAGAUUCAAGAGCCUGUAUCAACUUUUAGUGAACUCCUGAAAGACAUCAAAUCCACACAAAAAGCAAAAUCUAAGAAGCAGACACACAUUACCACUUCACAGCUUGACACACAAGACAUACACUCACUAUCACUUAUUCUACCUCAUACACAGGAUGCCGACACGCAAGAACACACUUCUCCUGAAUACAUCACUACAUUUGAAACAUGUACAGACGACAACCAGACAUUCAUUAAGUCCCGAAACAUUAAGAUCAUUAAGGAACACGGUGCAGUAAUCGAAGAAACAUUCGAUGAAAGUGACACUCAUACAAUUGCUCACAUGCCAUCGGAAGUUCUGAUAGAGGAAAUAGAAGAAUCUGCACCAUCACUCCACACCACACAACUUGAAGAAACACCUCAAAACGUACAGGAAGUCGUCACAAAACAUAAACCUAAGAAGAAACAAACACAAACACGAGCAAACGAACAAUCAGAGACUUUAGCAGUCGAACAAGUACAAUUGAUUCCGGAAGAAACGGAUCACACGGCUGAAAUAAGUACAGUAGUCUCAAAGAAAACUAAAUCUAAAAAGACUAAAGUUACUGUUAUUCAAGGGGUCACUGAAUCUGUUGUUGCUGAAGAGGAUGAUGAACUUCCGGUGGAAGCACAUGUUGUACCUACUCAUGAACAACCAGUUAUUGUUUCUGAGCUCCCUGAACAAGUCUCCGUACAAGAAGUAACCACUAUGGCUGGAGAAACAAAGAAGCAGAUCACAAAAAAGAAAACCAUCAAGAAACGCGUUGGUCAGAAGGAGGAACACAUCGAAGUUAUCACUGUUCAGCAAGACGACAUGGCUCCAGAAACUACCAUCACUGUCACCGAGGAGGAUGUUCCCGAUUCAAAGCCUACAGAUGCGACACCCAAGCUCAAAAAGAAGAAGGUCAAGACUAUCAAGACCACCGAUGACUCUGACGAUAUCAUUGAGCGACUCCUUAAUCUGGAGGUUCAUAAAACCGAGCUCGAACAGUACGAGAAGAUCGACGUUGACUUGCCAAAGCGAAUGCGUCCUGUAGAGGAAACGACUAUCGAGGAGCAUCCUGACGUCGUCGAAGAAGUCCGAUCUGAUUCAGGCGUAGUCAAGAAGAAGAUCGUCAAAAAGAAGGUUAUCAAAAAACGCGUCGGACACAAGGAAGAGGUGACCGAGGAAGUUACUAUUCAGGAAGAUGGCAAGCAGCCAGAAACAACCGUCACCAUCAGCGAGCAUGAAGUACCUUACGAAGUUACUGAGCCUUUUGAAGAGGAGUUGAAGCCUCUCGAAGCCGUUGUGGAUGAGUAUCCGGAACCGUUGGAGGCUACUCUCAGAACGAAGACUACCAAGGUUAUCAAGAAAAAGGUCAAGAAGCUCAAGCAGGGUGAGCCCACUAGCGAAGAUGUGCCUCAGGAAGAGGUGACCGAAUUGACGUUUGAACAGGCUCCAUUGGAACAACCAGUUAUUGAAGAGCUUCCAGAACAUGUCGAGGUUGUUGAAACCGUCACCAAAGAAGGAAAGCCCAAGAAACAAGUCACCAAAACUAAGGUCAUCAAGAAGAAGACGGCUGGCAAGGUCGAGGAGGUAAAAAUUGUCACUGUACAAGAGGAUGACCAGGUACCAGAGACCACGGUUACGAUGACAGAAGAGGAAACGGUUCCUGAAACAACAAUAACCACAUCCGAUGAGACUCCUACUGUCGAACUGGUCAAACCUAAGAAAAAGAAGGUUAAGACCAUCAAAAAGAAGGGUGAAGAUACUGACCAUAUUGUCCAGAAGCUCCUGAACCUGGAAAUCAUGAGCACUGAGCCAGAACAAUAUCCACAGCUCGAUGAGGAAGCCUCCAUUCUACCCAUUGUGCCUUCACCUAUCGUGGAAGCUCUGGAAAUUGAAGAGCUUCCUGAAGAGGUGAAAGUGACUGAAGUCAUCACUAGAACUGGUCAAGCUAAGAAGCAGAUCACAAAAAAGAAAACCAUCAAGAAACGCGUUGGCCAAAAGGAGGAACUCAUCGAAGUUGUCACUCUUCAGCAAGACGACAUGGCUCCAGAAACUACCAUCACUGUCACCGAGGAGGAUGUUCCCGAUUCAAAGCCUACAGAAGCGACACUCAAGCCCAAAAAGAAGAAGAUCAAGACUAUCAAGACCACCGAUGACUCUGACGAUAUCAUUGAGCGACUCCUUAAUCUGGAGGUUCAUAAAACCGAGCUCGAACAGUACGAGAAGAUCGACGUUGACUUGCCAAAGCGCAUGCGUCCUGUAGAGGAAACGACUAUCGAGGAGCAUCCUGACGUCGUCGAAGAAGUUCGAUCUGAUUCAGGCGUAGUCAAGAAGAAGAUCGUCAAAAAGAAGGUUAUCAAAAAACGCGUCGGACCCAAGGGAGAGGUGACCGAGGAAGUUACUAUUCAGGAAGAUGGCAAGCAGCCAGAAACAACCGUCACCGUCAGCGAGCAUGAAGUACCUUACGAACUUACUGAGCCUUUUGAAGAGGAGCUCAAGCCUCUCGAAGCCGUUGUGGAUGAGUAUCCGGAACCGUUGGAGGCUACUCUCAGAACGAAGACUACCAAGGUUAUCAAGAAAAAGGUCAAGAAGCUCAAGCAGGGUGAGCCCACUAGCGAAGAUGUGCCUCAGGAAGAGGUGACCGAAUUGACGUUUGAACAGGCUCCAUUGGAACAACCAGUUAUUGAAGAGCUUCCAGAACAUGUCGAGGUUGUUGAAACCGUCACCAAGGAAGGAAAGCCAAAGAAACAAGUCACCAAAACUAAGGUCAUCAAGAAGAAGACGGCUGGCAAGGUCGAGGAGGUAAAAAUUGUCACUGUACAAGAGGAUGACCAGGUACCAGAGACCACGGUUACGAUGACAGAAGAGGAAACGGUUCCUGAAACAACAAUAACCACAUCCGAUGAGACUCCUACUGUCGAACUGGUCAAACCUAAGAAAAAGAAGGUUAAGACCAUCAAAAAGAAGGGUGAAGAUACUGACCAUAUUGUCCAGAAGCUCCUGAACCUGGAAAUCAUGAGCACUGAGCCAGAACAAUAUCCACAGCUCGAUGAGGAAGCCUCCAUUCUACCCAUUGUGCCUUCACCUAUCGUGGAAGCUCUGGAAAUUGAAGAGCUUCCUGAAGAGGUGAAAGUGACUGAAGUCAUCACUAGAACUGGUCAAGCUAAGAAGCAGAUCACAAAAAAGAAAACCAUCAAGAAACGCAUUGGCCAAAAGGAGGAACUCAUCGAAGUUGUCACUCUUCAGCAAGACGACAUGGCUCCAGAAACUACCAUUACUGUCACCGAGGAGGAUGUUCCCGAUUCAAAGCCUACAGAAGCGACACUCAAGCCCAAAAAGAAGAAGAUCAAGACUAUCAAGACCACCGAUGACUCUGACGAUAUCAUUGAGCGACUCCUUAAUCUGGAGGUUCAUAAAACCGAGCUCGAACAGUACGAGAAGAUCGACGUUGACUUGCCAAAGCGCAUGCGUCCUGUAGAGGAAACGACUAUCGAGGAGCAUCCUGACGUCGUCGAAGAAGUUCGAUCUGAUUCAGGCGUAGUCAAGAAGAAGAUCGUCAAAAAGAAGGUUAUCAAAAAACGCGUCGGACACAAGGAAGAGGUGACCGAGGAAGUUACUAUUCAGGAAGAUGGCAAGCAGCCAGAAACAACCGUCACCAUCAGCGAGCAUGAAGUACCUUACGAAGUUACUGAGCCUUUUGAAGAGGAGUUGAAGCCUCUCGAAGCCGUUGUGGAUGAGUAUCCGGAACCGUUGGAGGCUACUCUCAGAACGAAGACUACCAAGGUUAUCAAGAAAAAGGUCAAGAAGCUCAAGCAGGGUGAGCCCACUAGCGAAGAUGUGCCUCAGGAAGAGGUGACCGAGUUAACGCUUGAACAGGCUCCAUUGGAACAGCCAGUUAUUGAAGAGCUUCCAGAACAUGUCGAGGUUGUUGAAACCGUCACCAAAGAAGGAAAACCCAAGAAACAAGUCACCAAAACUAAAGUCAUCAAGAAGAAGACGGCUGGCAAGGUCGAGGAGGUAAAAAUUGUCACUGUACAAGAGGAUGACCAGGUACCAGAGACCACGGUUACGAUGACAGAAGAGGAAACGGUUCCUGAAACAACAAUAACCACAUCCGAUGAGACUCCUACUGUCGAACUGGUCAAACCUAAGAAAAAGAAGGUUAAGACCAUCAAAAAGAAGGGUGAAGAUACUGACCAUAUUGUACAGAAGCUCCUGAACCUGGAAAUCAUGAGCACUGAGCCAGAACAAUAUCCACAGCUCGAUGAGGAAGCCUCCAUUCUACCCAUUGUGCCUUCACCUAUCGUGGAAGCUCUGGAAAUUGAAGAGCUUCCUGAAGAGGUGAAAGUGACUGAAGUCAUCACUAGAACUGGUCAAGCCAAGAAGCAGAUCACAAAAAAGAAAACCAUCAAGAAACGCGUUGGCCAGAAGGAGGAACUCAUCGAAGUUGUCACUGUUCAGCAAGACGACAUGGCUCCAGAAACUACCCUCACUGUCACCGAGGAGGAUGUUCCCGAUUCAAAGCCUACAGAAGCGACACUCAAGCCCAAAAAGAAGAAGAUCAAGACUAUCAAGACCACCGAUGACUCUGACGAUAUCAUUGAGCGACUCCUUAAUCUGGAGGUUCAUAAAACCGAGCUCGAACAGUACGAGAAGAUCGACGUUGACUUGCCAAAGCGCAUGCGUCCUGUAGAGGAAACAACUAUCGAGGAGCAUCCUGACGUCGUCGGAGAAGUUCGAUCUGAUACAGGCGUAGUCACGAAGAAGACCGUCAAAAAGAAGGUUAUCAAAAAACGCGUCGGACCCAAGGAAGAGGUGACCGAGGAAGUUACUAUUCAGGAAGAUGGCAAGCAACCAGAAACAACCGUCACCGUCAGCGAGCAUGAAGUACCUUACGAAGUUACUGAGCCUUUUGAAGAGGAGUUGAAGCCUCUCGAAGCCGUUGUGGAUGAGUAUCUGGAACCGUUGGAGGUUACUCUCAGAACGAAGACUACCAAGGUUAUCAAGAAAAAGGUCAAGAAGCUCAAGCAGGGUGAGCCCACUAGCGAAGAUGUGCCUCAGGAAGAGGUGACCGAAUUAACGCUUGAACAGGCUCCAUUGGAACAGCCAGUUAUUGAAGAGCUUCCAGAACAUGUCGAGGUUGUUGAAACCGUCACCAACGAAGGAAAACCCAAGAAACAAGUCACCAAAACCAAGGUCAUCAAGAAGAAGACGGCUGGCAAGGUCGAGGAGGUAAAAAUUGUCACUGUACAAGAGGAUGACCAGGUACCAGAGACCACAGUUACGAUUACAGAAGAGGAAACGGUUCCUGAAACAUCCGAUGAUGUUCCUACUGUCGAGGUGGCCAAACCUAAGAAAAAGAAGGUUAAGACCAUCAAAAGGAAGGGUGCAGACACUGAUAACAUAGUUCAAGAACUUCUCGAUUCAAACGAUUUGAUAUCUGUAACUGAACCAUUAAAUCAGCCUUUGAUCGAAGAGAUUCAAGAGCCUGUAUCAACUUUUAGUGAACUCCUGAAAGACAUCAAAUCCACACAAAAAGCAAAAUCUAAGAAGCAGACACACAUUACCACUUCACAGCUUGACACACAAGACAUACACUCACUAUCACUUAUUCUACCUCAUACACAGGAUGCCGACACGCAAGAACACACUUCUCCUGAAUACAUCACUACAUUUGAAACAUGUACAGACGACAACCAGACAUUCAUUAAGUCCCGAAACAUUAAGAUCAUUAAGGAACACGGUGCAGUAAUCGAAGAAACAUUCGAUGAAAGUGACACUCAUACAAUUGCUCACAUGCCAUCGGAAGUUCUGAUAGAGGAAAUAGAAGAAUCUGCACCAUCACUCCACACCACACAACUUGAAGAAACACCUCAAAACGUACAGGAAGUCGUCACAAAACAUAAACCUAAGAAGAAACAAACACAAACACGAGCAAACGAACAAUCAGAGACUUUAGCAGUCGAACAAGUACAAUUGAUUCCGGAAGAAACGGAUCACACGGCUGAAAUAAGUACAGUAGUCUCAAAGAAAACUAAAUCUAAAAAGACUAAAGUUACUGUUAUUCAAGGGGUCACUGAAUCUGUUGUUGCUGAAGAGGAUGAUGAACUUCCGGUGGAAGCACAUGUUGUACCUACUCAUGAACAAGCAGUUAUUGUUUCUGAGCUCCCUGAACAAGUCUCCGUACAAGAAGUAACCACUAUGGCUGGAGAAACAAAGAAGCAGAUCACAAAAAAGAAAACCAUCAAGAAACGCGUUGGUCAGAAGGAGGAACACAUCGAAGUUAUCACUGUUCAGCAAGACGACAUGGCUCCAGAAACUACCAUCACUGUCACCGAGGAGGAUGUUCCCGAUUCAAAGCCUACAGAUGCGACACCCAAGCUCAAAAAGAAGAAGGUCAAGACUAUCAAGACCACCGAUGACUCUGACGAUAUCAUUGAGCGACUCCUUAAUCUGGAGGUUCAUAAAACCGAGCUCGAACAGUACGAGAAGAUCGACGUUGACUUGCCAAAGCGAAUGCGUCCUGUAGAGGAAACGACUAUCGAGGAGCAUCCUGACGUCGUCGAAGAAGUCCGAUCUGAUUCAGGCGUAGUCAAGAAGAAGAUCGUCAAAAAGAAGGUUAUCAAAAAACGCGUCGGACCCAAGGAAGAGGUGACCGAGGAAGUUACUAUUCAGGAAGAUGGCAAGCAGCCAGAAACAACCGUCACCGUCAGCGAGCAUGAAGUACCUUACGAACUUACUGAGCCUUCCGAAGAGGAGUUGAAGCCUCUCGAAGCCGUUGUGGAUGAGUAUCCGGAACCGUUGGAGGCUACUCUCAGAACGAAGACUACCAAGGUUAUCAAGAAAAAGGUCAAGAAGCUCAAGCAGGGUGAGUCCACUAGCGAAGAUGUGCCUCAGGAAGAGGUGACCGAAUUGACGUUUGAACAGGCUCCAUUGGAACAGCCAGUUAUUGAAGAGCUUCCAGAACAUGUCGAGGUUGUUGAAACCGUCACCAAGGAAGGAAAACCCAAGAAACAAGUCACCAAAACUAAGGUCAUCAAGAAGAAGACGGCUGGCAAGGUCGAGGAGGUAAAAAUUGUCACUGUACAAGAGGAUGACCAGGUACCAGAGACCACGGUUACGAUGACAGAAGAGGAAACUGUUCCUGAAACAACAAUAACCACAUCCGAUGAGACUCCUACUGUCGAAGUGGUCAAACCUAAGAAAAAGAAGGUUAAGACCAUCAAAAAGAAGGGUGACGACACGGAUGACAUUAUUCAAAAACUUCUGAAUUUAGAAGUAAAGAAAACUGAGUUGGAGAAAUAUGAAAAGGUUGAUGUUGAGUUCAAGAGUAAAACUAAACAAACUGAAGAAUACAUUGUUGAAGAGCAACCAGACGUUGCCGAACUUUCAGAAGUUUCAUCACAGAGUGUGGUAAAGAAAAUGACUAAAAUCAAACCUGUAAAACCCAAAAAACCACUAGAAGAAACACAAAAAUCUCCAGUGGAAGCUAUGGACGAGCAACAUCUAGUGGAAGAAAUUUCAGAGCUUCCCAAAUCAAUUGAUGAACUUGUCGUACCAUACGAACAAGCUGAUGAAUUUGAUUCCGAGAUCCCGGAAGCGCAACGCCCUGUUGUUGAGGAGCUACCUGAAGAAAUCAUGGUCAAUGAAGUGGUAACAAUUAGUGGCAAGGUAAAGAAACAAACCACGAAGAAACGCACGGUCAAGAAAACUGUUGGAGACAAACAAGAGCUUGUAGAAGUGAUUACGGUCGAAGAAGAGGGCCAACAACCCGAAACAACUAUCACAAUUACUGAAUCGGAAGUACAACCAGAACUGCCUGCUGUUGUUGAGCGAUUGGACACAGAAGCAUUUAUCCAACCGAAAGAGCCUCGCAAGUUAAAAAAGAAAAAGGUUAAAACUAUCAAAACUACAGAUGAAGUUGAUGAUAUCAUUGAACGGUUGCUUAAUCUAGAAGUCAAGAAGACCGAACUAGAGCGGUACGAACGAAUUGAGGUGGAACUUAAAAAACGUCACAAAUCACUGAUCGAAGAAACUUUACAGAGACCCGAAGCGGAGAUGGCUAUUUUAGAAAUGAUAGAGCUACCCAAACCUGAAACUGUUCGUAAAUCUUCGAUUACACAGCCACAAGAAACUGAAACACCGAAGAAAACUAUUAAGAAAAAGAAGUCAACACCUUCAGCCGUCGAUCAAGUAGCAGAAGCUCUUGUACCAAAAACGAUUGAGUCGGUGGAGGAAACUGUUGUUCCGGAAGAAGCUGUAAUACUGGACGAUACCCUUACCAAACAACAAGCGGAACCGACUGUAGCGACCACUAAAAAGAAAAUCAGUAGAAAAUCCAUGGGCAACGAGCAACCAAAUAUCGCCUCCGCUUUAUCAACUGCAGAACCGUCUGAAGAAACGAGCAUUCCUGAAACGGUAGAAAUGUUCGAUGAUGAGCUUACGGAAUCUAAUAUAGCUCGUGAAGUAACAGUAACUGAACCUCAACUUCAAGAAGCAUUGCUUGAACAGCUGGAUAAAUCAUUCUUAACUUAUGAGGAAAAAUCGCUAAAGAAACUGCAAGAACAACAGCCUAAACCAGCUCCAGAAACACAAGCCGAGCUAAAAAAGGUAGAAAAGAAGGUGAAGAAAAAACCUAAAAAGGAGCAACGACCUGAGGAAGACGAACAGCUUCAACGCUUGUUGAAUUUGGAGGUCGAAAAGACGCAACUUGAGCAAUACGAGAAAAUUGAGCUCGAUGACAAACCCAAACCAGAAAAGCCCAAACCCACAUUGGUACCUCAAAAAAUUGAACGUAAAGAACAAAAGCCUCAGAAGAUGCUUAUAUCAGAGCCUGAAGAGCACCCACAAAUGGUAAGACUUCGAAAAGUGAAGGUGCCAGAUCGUAAAGAAAUAGAGGAAAUGGUAGUACCGAAGGUUUUGCUCAAGAGUCGCAUAGUCGAGGUGCAGUACCCACCAGGAGCGAUGCAGCCAGGUAUCACUGAUCUGACACCAGUCAAAGCCAUUGGUCUAAUGUCGAGGAUAGAAGAGGAAGAGACAACAGACAGGCUUAAGAAACUGAAAAAAAUCAAAACAACCAAAGGCAAUAAGCUUCAACUGGAAGCACCGGAAUCCAUGGACUACGAGGAGGAAAAGCCCGACAAAGAAGAGUUUGACCAGGAAGCUCACAAAUAUCAACGAAAACCGAAGGAAACGUCGGAUGAAAACCCGGAAGAGAAAAUGCUGAAGCUUGGAAAGGGUAAACUCAAGAAGGAGGACGAUGACAUCGAGCAAAUUAAACUAAAGAAAACGCCAAAAAAACAGAAAGAAGACGAACCGGAGGAGCAAAGAUCCGUUAUUAAACCAAAGCAGAAGCCAACCGAGCUGGAUAAGGAUGAUAAACAGCGCCACGUUGAAAAACCAGAGUAUAAACCGACUGAGAUACCGGAAUUUGGUACAGAAAAGGAAGAAUACAUCGCGCCUGAACCGAUACCGGAUGAACCGGAAGAAGAAGCGAAGAAAAAGCCCAAACCCAAACGUAAGCCGAAAACACCAGAGGAUACGGAAGACGAACAGAAGCCUUUGGUUAUGGGUAAGGGUAAGCCCAAACCUGAAGUUCCGGAAGAUGAUGUCAAGUUCCAAAUUCCGACUGGCAAGAAAGAGAAUGAAGAACCAGCAGAAAUCAAGCUAAAACCAUUCAAAAAAUCAGUGUCGAAAGAAGAUGAACCUGGUAAAGAAGCUGACAGAGACAUGGCGUUACCAGCUAGUACGGAAAUUCCCGAUCAGCCAGACACGGAACUGAGUUUCCCUCAAAAGUCAAAGAAAAUUAUUAAAAAACUUAAAUCGAAACCAAAACCAGACAGUGAGGAUCGUACAGAUGAACCGAUUGAGGAAGAAAUUCCUCGAACUGUGGCUGAUGUUACAGAAGACGUUUCCGACAUCGUACACGCCGUCGUGCCGAAAACGAUGAUGGAUGAUGAGUUCCAAAAGCCGGAAGAGCUGGAUCUCUCUCCACAGCCGCAAGUAGACUUCGUUAUCGAACAGCUUCCCGCGGAGGUCAAAGUAACAGAGAUCAAAACGAAAACUGGUGCGAUCGAGCAGCAAACAGUGAAAAAGCGUAUCAUAAAAAAGAAGAAAGAUAACAAGGAAGAGCUCAUCGAGAUAGUCACCAUACAAAAGGGUGACGAGCUUCCAGAGGCAACAGUUACAGUGACUCAAGUGACCCCAGAAGACAGUAACGUGCAACCGGAAAGUGUGAAGCAAAAGGUUCGCAUCAAGAAGAUUGUUAAACCGGACACACUUGACGCUGACAUCGAGCGACUGCUGAAUCAGGAAAUUUCGAAAACCGAACUUGAGGUUUACGAGAAGACAGAGUUUGAGCCAACUAAGCACGUGAAGGAACAGCCUGUGGAAAAACCUGUACCUGAAACAGCUGAGCUGGAAGUGCCGACACCUUCUGUACCGCAGAAGACAAAGAUUAAGAGCAAAGCUAAGAAACAACACCAAAUCACCUCAUUACAAGAAAUACCUACAGAAUCAUUAGCGCCACUCGAACCAGCCAUUGGACACGAAGCUACCCAACAGACACUCGAAACCACACACACUGAAGACAGGCGACCAGUCAGUGCAGACACUGUUGAUUUACAGGAAGACACCUUCGAAACGAAUGAAUUUGUCGAAACUGAAACACUUGGAGAUGUUGUGGAGCCGGUCGACGUACCCGAAGCUGCUCUUGAGAAGCCCGAGGUAUCACUGAAGCCUCAACUUACGGCUGCCCCUAUCGAACAAGUUCUGGAAGAUACGGUGGAACAGACAGACGCCGUAGCAGCUGAGCUUCCGCAGAAAGAACAAGCAGCUUCCUCCGAAAUACCUUCCGUCGUAACGGAAACACCAAUCGUGAGUAAACCUAUUCUUGAAGCAGCUCCUAUCCAAGAAGUUCUUGAACAACAGGUUGAAGAGACAGACAAUGUGCCGUCACUGGCGCUAGACACCGUCCAGGUAACACCAAGCGAUGUAUCCGAACAUGCAACGGAAGUUCCUACGGUGCAGGGAAAGCCUCUGCUUGAAGCGGCCCCGGUGGAUGAUCAAUUUGACGUCUCCGUAGAGGAAGCCGAUACAGUUGCAUCGCUGACAUUGAACGAGGAACAACUGACACCGGUGGAUGUAGCCGAGGGAGCAACCGAACUGCCUGCCAUACAGAGCAAACCGACGGUUGCAGCAGCCCCAGCCGAAUCACUUCUGGAGCAACCCGUGGAGGAGACCGCCGCAGUACAGGAACCACAGCUGGAAACAGAGAAGCUAGUACCAGUGGAAGAGCUGCGUGUCGAACCAACGGAAGAAGCACAGAUCCAGCCGGCGGCGACCGUUGAAACUGCUCCGGCCGAAGCUCCGAAGAAGGUGGUUAAGAAGGUGACGAAGGUGACGAAGAAAGCUAAGAAGUCGAUCGACGAUGAUGAAGAGCUGCAACGCUUGCUGAAUCUGGAGGUUGAGAAAACGGAGCUGGAGCAGUACGAGAAAGUGGACGUGGAUGGCAAGCCGAAGGUUAAGCCGGAGAAGGGUGAGAUUGUUAAGCUAGAGCCUAUUAAGAUCGAACGUAAGGAACAGAAACCGAUUAAACCAGAAAUCACUGACACACAAGAACCACAAACAGUUAAACUGCGCAAAACCGUCAUACCAGAGAAGCGAGAAGUCGAAGAAGUCGCCGUACCGAAGGUGCUGCUCAAGAGCCGAAUCGAACAGGUGGAAUUCACCGUCCAGGGACAGCAGCCUGAGAUUGUGGAGCUAGACACCCGACCGGGCGUGGGCACGUUGUCGCGCAUUGAAGAGGACGAGGUGGAGCGUACCAAGAAGAUAGUUAAGAAGAUUAAGGUUAUUAAGAAGGAAAAACCCGGGCUGGAAACGCUGGACAUUGAGAAGUACGAAAAGGAACCGAAGGAAGAGGUGCCGAAGGACGAAGAAAAGUCACAAUACCAACGGCAGCCGAAGGAAGCGCCAAAGGAUGAACCGGAAGAGCGUACAUUGCAGAUGGGUAAGGGUAAGUUGAAAACGGACGAGGAACAUCACGAAGAGGUUAAGCUGAAGAAAACGCCAACCAAACCGAAGGAGGAAACUGUGGAAGAAGUUAAACCAAAGAAAAAACCGGAAGAAAAACCAAAAGAAGAAGAGCUGGACACCAAAAAACGAAGCGUUGAAAAGCCGAAAUUUACCCCGACCGAUAUUCCAGACUAUGAAACGCCACUCGAGCCAUACGUUAAGCCAGAACCGGAACCGGAAGAAAAACCUGUGCAGGAACCAGAUAAACCGAAGAUUCCCAAAGAACCUAAGGUACCUGAGGUUCCAGAAGAGCCUGAGCAUAAGAUUGUUCUAGGAAAGGGUAAGAAGCCGGAACCGGAACCGGAAGAUGAAUUCAAGUUCCGUAAGCCGGUUCCUACGAAACCGGAAGAAGAAAAGGAAGAGAUCAAGCUGAAACCUUUCACCAAGCCAACGCCGGACACCGAGCCCAAAGAUCGUGAAGGUGAUCGUGAUAUGGCUUUGCCGGUUCCAACAGAUGUGCCAGAUAGUGCAGACACAGAAGCAGCCAAGAAAAAGGUCAUAAAGAAGGUUAUCAAAAAACCAAAGACGCCUGCCGAGGAAGAGACUAAACCUGAGGAGCCUGUGCAAGUACCAGAAGCUCCAGUGCCGGUCGAAGUACCAACUCCUGUAGUGGAGAAAAUUGUUCCAGAACCUGUCAAGGAAGUCGAGAAACCCAAGGAAGUGCAAGUGGAACAACCAAAAGAGUUGGUUCUUCCGCAACCGGUAGUGGAGCAGACCGAGGUUCUCCCAGUGCCACAAGCGCCAGAAGAGAAACCGAUCGAAACGGUACAGGAACCCGCACCGGAGAUUAAACAGGAAGCCCCGGUAGAAGUACAGGAGCAAAAGGAGAAGAUCGUCAAGAAGAAGGUUGUGAAAAAACCGAAGAAAAAGCCGGAAGAAGAUGCAGAGCUGGAACGUUUGCUGAACUUGGAGGUCGAAAAGACAGAGCUGGAGACAUAUGAAAAGAUUGACCUUGAGCCAAAGCUGAAAGAUAUACCGGCAGCUAUACCCGAGCCAGCCGAAGAGCCGGCUAAGGUUGAAGAACCGGUCGAUGCAAAGCCAGCCACAGUUGUUGAAAAAGCCAAAAUGGUGGAAGAAGUACUUGUACCUGAGGAAGUAACUGUUAUUGCAGCUGCUGAGCCUACGAAGCCAACCGAACCGGUAUCAAAACCAGUACCGGAGGAAGUUGUUACAGCCGUACAGGAACCGCCAGUUGUUGUUAAAACAGACGAGCCAAAGCCCAUUCCUGUGGAAUCACAACAGCCGGUGGAACAACCGAUAGAGCCGGAAAAGAUUGAAGAAAAGAAACCGGUGAUCAAGAAAAAGGUCGUGAAGAAACCCAAGAAGGCUUCUAUUGAGGACGAUGAACAGUUGCAGCGUCUAUUGAAUCUGGAGAUUGAAAAAACUGAGCUUGAAAAGUACGAGAAAGUCGAUGUGGACAUCAAGAAGCCAGAGAAAACGGUUGAAACAGUUGAAGAACAUCGAACAGCUCAAGUGUCAGAGGUUGAAGAACCGGAACCGAUUGAGGUCACAUUGAAGCCAAAGAAGAUCGUCAAGAAACCGGUGGAACCGGAACCAGUUGAGGCUGAGUUUAAGAUUGCGAAGAAGCCACGAUUGCCCGAAGCCCCACAAGAAGUGGAGGAGCAAAUCAUUCUGAAACCGACACCACAGAAACCGGAAGAAACCGUAAGUGUAGAGCGAAUCAUUAAGAUUGAGGUAGAACAACCGGAACCAGUAGAGCAACCGACCAUUGAAGAAGUAGUCGACGAUGAACCACAGCCAAUCGAAGAUGUAGAAACCGUAGAGCCUGUGGUUGAGGAACCAAUAGAAGCGGAAGCUCCCGAAGAAGAGAUCGUACCAGUACAACCUUUGGUCGAAGAAGUGCACGAUGUGCAGCCGAUCAUAGAAGACGCUGUCAUUGAAGCACCGUCUGAGGAACUGCCAACGGUAGUGGAAUCGGUACCGAUACAACCCAUCGUGGAGGAACCUCAACCGGUGAUGCCACUUCGGAAAGUGUCGCUCAAACCGGUCGAGCCUCAGCCAGAAACGGUGGAGAAAAAGCCGGCAGAGAAGCCAAAGAAGAAGGUGGUUGUUGUGAAGAAGAAGAAAGCGAGCAUUGACGAUGAUGCCGAGCUACAGCGGUUGCUGAAUUUGGAGAUCGAGAAAACCGAGCUUGAGCAGUACGAACGUGUGGAUGUCGAUCUUCGCAAGCGCGAAAAGGUGAUGGUUGAAGAUCAGCCACAACCGCAGCAAGCCGUUGAAUCGACGAUCGAACCAGAAGACAGUGCACAGGUGAAACUGCCCCGUAAGAAGAGCAAACCGAAGGUCGAAGCCAUUGAAGAAACUGAGGUAGAGUUUAAGAUCAAGCCUAAGAAGCAGCCGACCGGGGAAGAGACGGUACAGGAAGCAACAGUAUCGCUGAAGAAACCCAAGAAACCAACUCCAGUUGUGGAGGAAACGGCUACCGAAGAGGUUGUGCUGUUGAAACCGGCCGUUCCACAACCGGAAGAGGUAGAAGAUGUGGAGGAAUCAAUCAAACUGAAACCAAAACCGGCCCCAUACACUACCGAUGAAGCUGAAGCAUCUCUCAAGAUUGUACGGGAAGCGGAACAACCCGCCGCGCCGGAAGCAGUGCAGCCGGAACCAGUUCAACCGGAACCGGUUAAGGUGGAGCAAAAGAAGUCGGAAAAGCCAAAAAAGAAGGUAGUUCCGAAGAAAAAGAAGGACGACGAUAUUGAUGAGAUUACCAAGAAACUUCUCGAGAUGGACGUGCCUAAAACGGAGCUUGAAAAGUACGAAAAGAUCGAUCUGGACAUCGUAAAACCGACCAAAGAAACAGUCGACGAGAUAACGAUGGUUAAACGCAAACCAAAAGCAAAACCUUCCGUCGAGGAAGAGGAAGAAGUAGAAACGAAGUUGUCCCUGCCCCGCAAGACACCGUCCAUUACAGAACCAGAGGAGGCUGAAGCUACCUUCAAGGUGGCCCGAAAACCGUCCGUACCACAGCAGCCCGAAGACGUUGAGGCUUCGAUCACGAUCACGAAAGAGGAGGAAGUACCAGCAGAGGAAGAAAUCACCGAGCACGUCGUGGUGCGCAAACAGCGCCCCCGUCCAAAGCCUGCCUUCCGUCGCGAAGUCCUCGACGAAGAGGAGGUUCGCAUCAAGAAAAUCAAAAAGGUACGCCAACCGCGUCCAGUAUUCAAGGACAUUGAGCCCGAAAAUGUUACGUUCCGUCCGAAGCGCACUAAGCACAUCGAGGACAUUGAGCAAGAGUUCAAGAUACAGCUCGAUUCGUACGCGCGCGAAGAAAUUUCCAUGUCCGGCCGGGUGAAGCUGCCAGCGCCGUACAGUUACGGUGAGGAAACUGGCGAGGCUCACAUCACGAUCAUCAAGCAGGUGGAUGAGGAUGACGAGGUUGUGUAUGAGGUGAUCUACGACGAUAGUGAGCAGGACGUGGAGGAAGACUAUCGCUACGAAGACGAAGACACCGAAAACGUAGUGUUCGAGCUGCGCAGACGGCGCGAAAAGCUCGAGAACCUGAUCAUGCACCACGAAGAGGAAAUCUCUCUCGAUCUGACGCAACGCAACAGAUCACAGUUCACCACCACAACACACGAAGAAGAAUCAUUCACACUGAAACAGCCCAAGAAAGUCCUACCAACAUACUCUGAAGAAACGGCAUCGCUGAAAAUUGUACGCGAAGAAGACGCCAAUGAUAUGUACUGUAUCCAGGCCGUGGAAGCCGAAAACGAGGAAGCACUUCACAUCGUCGAAGGCGAGAAGGUCUAUGUGAUUGAGCACAGUAACUCUGAAUGGUGGUACGUUAAACGGUCUUGGUGCGAGGAGCGCGGUUUCGUCCGCCGGGAGUACCUGAUGGACGCAGUCACCUAUCCACAGUACGUACAGAAAACGUUGAACGAGAAGAUCGACAAGCUGCCGGUGUUCGAGAAACCAGGCCCUGGUGAGAAGCCGCUCGCUCCGAAGAUUAUCGAGAAGCUGCAACCGAUCACCACUCAGGAUGGUUAUACGGUGCAGUUCGAGUGCAAGGUCGAAGGAUUCCCGAGACCCUCCAUCACCUGGUUCCGUCAGACGGCCGUCAUUAAACCGUCGCAAGACUUCCAGAUCUACUACGACGAUGAUAACGUGGCCACGCUGAUCAUCCGCGAAGUUUUCCCAGAAGAUGCUGGUACAUUCACGUGUGUCGCGAAGAACAUAGCUGGCUUUGCUUCUAGUGCAACCGAACUGGUCGUUGAUUCGUUCAGCUCGGAUCACGGAUCGGACGUUGCCACGCUAUCGCGCAAGAGCAUGUCUCGUGAGUCAUCGCUAGCCGACAUUCUCGAAGGCAUCCCGCCGACUUUCUCACGCAAACCGAAGGCACAGUACGUCGAUGCGGGCACUGAUGUGCUGCUAGAGUGUCGUCUCGUGGCGGUACCAGAACCGGAUAUUCUCUGGUACUACAACGGGGUGGAGAUAGAGAGCAAGGACAAUGUGCAGGUUGUUGUCGAGUCGGAUAUGCACAUGUACUGCACGGUGGUUCACAUCAAAGGCAUCGACAAGGUACAGGAAGGUUCGUACCAGGUGGUCGCACGUAACCGUGAAGGUGAGUCGUCCCUGGACAUCAUGGUCAAGGUGAAGACGGGAGUGCAAGAGCCGCCUCAGAUUUUGGAACCGCUCAAGAGCAUGACGAUCCGCCAGGGCGAGACAGUAAUUCUGUCCACGCAGAUCGUCGGCAAUCCAGCACCGGAAGUACAGUGGUUCAAGAAUGGUGUUGCAUUGGACGUACCUACGCAAGCCGAUCGUAACAUGUACACCGUAACGCUAGUGGCACCAACACACGACAAUGCUGGCGAGUACACGGUUAAGGCAAAGAACCCUGCUGGAAGCGUCGAAACGAGUGCCUUCCUUACGGUGGACGAGUCCAACGUUGGUAAUCCACAGGCGCCACUCUUCUUGGAACGUUUCGAAGAGCAGAGUGUACCACAAGGUGCUACGAUCAAGCUGCCGGCAAGAGUGACGGGUAAUCCAGUGCCGGAGAUCCUUUGGCUGCGCAACAAUAAUACGCUGCUACCGUCCAAACGCGUCAAGCAGGCGUACGACGGCGAAAGCAUUGAGUUGUUGAUCAACAACGCAGAUUCCGAACAGGACUCUGGUAACUACAAGUGUAUCGCUUCCAAUACGAUCGGUAAGGCAUCGCAUGGUGCACGCGUUACUGUGGAGGUCGACAAGGUUACAUUCACGAAGAAGCUCAAGAAGACAAUCACGGUGGAGGAAAGUAAGGCGGUUACACUGGAGUGUGAAACUUCACAUACCGUUUCCACCAAAUGGUUCCACAACGGCAAAGAGCUCAGUGGAAUGGAUCAUCGUAUGAUCGUGCAGGAGGGUAAGGUGCACAAACUUAACAUUAAGAACCCAACAAUCAACGACACGGGUGUGUACCGCUGUACGGUUAAGGAUCAACAGACCGAAUGUACUCUUACCGUCAUUGAGGCCAAGCCCGAGUUCCUGCGUAAACUUGAGGAUGUCGAAACGAAGGAGAAAGAGCACGCCGUGUUGGAGGUUGAAAUUACCUCCGAGACUGCAGACGUCACGUGGUAUAAGGAAGGCCGCAAGCUGGUCGAAACCACCGGCAAGUAUGAGUUCUCGAAGAAGGGUAAAUCGCGUGUGCUCUUCGUACGUAACACUUCAGUGCACGACGAAGGCGAAUACACCUGUGCGCUGGCUGAUCAGGAAUGUUCGGCCGAGGUGUCGGUAAUUGAGCUUCCACCGGAGAUCAUCAGUGCACCACGCGAUGUUACCGUAGCUCGUGGCGAAGACGCCAUCUUCGAGCUGGAGCUUACCAAGGGUGAUGCACUGGUUCGUUGGUACCGCAACGAGGAUGAACUGUCGUUCAAUGGACACGUGCAGUUAACGAUCGACGGUAAGCGACAGACGCUCAAGAUUAACAAGACGGUCGAUGCGGACGCCGGCGAGUAUACGUGCGUGGUAGGUGAACAGCGUGCCAAGGCUCGGCUCACUGUAGAGAAGCCGGUCGUCGAUUUUGUACGCCGCCUGCCAGAGGUUACCCUCACCACGCGCGACAAUGACGCCGUGUUCAGUGUGGAACUUUCCGAGUCAGCCGAUGUGGUGUGGUAUCGCCACAGCAAGAUCAUAACUGCCUCCAGCAAGUACGAGCUCAUUGUGGAGAAAAACAUUCGCAAGCUAAUCGUCAAGAACACCGUCGAGGAGGAUGAGGAUGAGUACACGUGUACCGUAUCGAAUGCUAAAACUUCUUCCAAGCUGAAGGUCGAAAUCAUCAAGGUUGCUCCGACAAUCUUCGAGGACGGUCCACGAGCGUUUGUCAUUCGCAAGGAUGAAGACGUUACGUUCAGUGUGAAGUUUAACGCCACACCAAAGCCUGAAGCGGAAUGGCGCGUCAACAAGCGAGUCAUCAUUCCUUCGGUCAAAUUCGUCUCGACCGUUACCGAGGAGACCGCUAGCUUGACGAUAAAGCGUGCGGCUGAGGUCGAUGCUGGAGAGUUCAUGCUGAAGCUGACGAAUGAGUGCGGUGAUGCCAGCGCUAUCUUUACGCUUGUCAUCAAAAAACAACCGGGAGCUCCAGAAACACCGGAAGCGACGCUCAUUACGGACGAUUCCAUUACACUGUUCUGGAAGGCACCGAGCGACGAUGGAAACAGCCCAAUCACGCAGUACGUGCUUGAGUACCAGCAAAACAACCAGCAGAAAUGGACCGAGAUUACAAACAUUACCGAAACGACUACAACCGUGACGAAGCUGACAAAGAAUUCCGAGUACACAUUCCGUGUCACAGCCGUCAACGAGGUGGGCAAGGGUCCGGCAUCGCCGAACUCGCCCUACUACAAGAUUGUGGCACCGAUUCAGAAGGAAGCUCCAACGGUAAGCGAGCACCUGAAGGAUGUGCACGUCGGUCUUGGCCAGUCCGUCACACUGAACUGCAUCGUGACGGGUGUACCCGUACCGGAUGUCGCCUGGUUCCGCAAUGGACAACCGCUCAAGCAGGACGUUGUAUCGUACGAGAACGGUUCUGCAAAAUAUCAGAUUAAAUCGACCACCAUUGAGAGUGGCGCCAUGUACACGUGCCGUGCUACCAACGAGGUGGGCAGUGUUGAGAGCAGCUGUCAAGUUGUGAUCGAGGAAAAACCGACGCUAACCGUAGAGAAGAAGCAGAUCGUGCAGAAGCUGCGUGUAGGCGAUGAGUGGAAGGUUGUGGCCGAAUUUACCGGCUAUCCGGCACCGGAGCUGAUCUGGUAUCGGGAGGAGGAGCAGCUGACUUCCACUGCCGAGCACACGUUCGUCACCGUUGGUCAAUCGUCGACCAUUGUAAUCGGUUCGUUGGAUCGCUCACACACGGGCAAGUACACAGUGGAGGCGCGUAAUUCUGCCGGUUCGGCAACGGUCGAGCUAACGCUGAAGGUGAUCGACAAGCCGAGCAAACCGGAGGGACCAAUCGUGGUGCGCGAACUUAGCCCCGAGGCAGUGGUCAUCGAGUGGAAACCACCAUCCGAUGAUGGUGGUUUGGAAAUUUCGCAAUUCACCAUCGAGAAGUGUGACGAUGCGAACAAGAACGCCUGGAUCAAGGUGGCGGAUGUACAGCGUAACAUCAAGUCUUACUGCAUCCAGAAGCUACUCGAUAGCACACAGUACCACUUCCGCGUCAUUGCCCAGAACCCGGUCGGUUGUUCUGAACCGCUGGAGAGUGCGACGGUAAAGAUCCAGCAAACGAUCGAAGCGCCAUCGCAACCGCGUGGCCCCAUUGAGACAUCGGGCAUGACAAGCAACUCAUUCACGCUUAUGUGGCAACCAUCGGAAUCGAACGGUGGCAGCAAGAUCACUGAGUAUGUUGUCGAGGUAAAGGAAGCGAAGAAGAAGGUAUGGAAGGUGGCUGGAUCAACCAACUCCUCCGAUACUUCACUACUGAUCGAGAAUCUUGCAAUGAACAAGGCGUACGACUUUAAGAUUACCGCCCAUAACAAGGUUGGCGCGAGUGAACCACUUCAGACGGUGGAAUCCAUUGUGGCCGGAAAGGAAAUCACUCCACCAUCUGCACCAAGAAAUCUGCGCAUCACAAACGUCACCAGCAAGAGCGUGAAGCUCGAAUGGCAACAACCGGAAACGAACGGAGGUUCCGACGUGACUGGAUACAUAAUCGAGAAGCGACUGACAACUGCACAGCAGUGGACCAAGAUCAAGACGCUCGAGUCCAACUGUUUGUCGUACUGUGUGGAUAAUAUGAAGGAAAAGACUCAGCUGGUGUUUAGGAUAUUUGCGGAGAAUGCGGUCGGACUAAGUUCGCCCACCGUGUCGGAGAGCGUUGUGUUAAAGACACAUGCCACUGUUCCGUCUCCACCAACUGGUCCACUAGAGGUACGCUACCUGGGACCUAACAUCAACAUCGUAGAGUGGGGCAUUCCAGAGUCGGACGGUGGUGCACCGAUCGAGGGCUACAAUAUCGCCAUCCGCAACGCGAAGAAAACGAUGUGGAUGGAAGUUGGGCGCGUUGCGGCUGACUGUCAAUCCUUCAACAUUAAGGAUCUGCAGGAAAGCGAAGACUACCUGAUCCGCAUCAUGGCUCGCAACGAGGUCGGCAUCAGUGAUCCGCUAGAAUCGGAGGAACCGUACACUGUACAGCUCGGUGCUGCUCCGGAUGAUGUACAUGAUGAAACAACGCGAGACUUCUCAGAACCGACCGGCACCAACACUUCGUCCUGGCUACGGGAACACAACAUGACGGCAGACAUUAACAGCUACGCUCGCCAUAAGCUUCUGAGGCGAAGUGAAUAUUUCUUCAAACUAUGGGUCAACGCGAAGAAUCUCUUCAAGUAAAGAGAGCGCACCCCAGUUACAACUUUCCCAUAAAAACUAUC